AGCAAGAACGAAACCGCCCGCCCGCCUCAGUCCAUCGUCAACUGCCGUCGACAUUCCCAAAACCAUCGCACCCGAUCGCGCGGUACCGAAAAGUUCACUUGGUUAGCGAGCACACUCGCAAACGGCAAAAAUAAAAUCACACACCAUAUUUGGACGCGCCCGUGAUAACACAAGUGAAAUCGAAAUUUUUACGUGGAUCAGUGACAAGUGAUUUGUGGAUUUUCGAAUUUCCGUGCUACCGCGAUGCAGAUUAAGGCGUGACACACCGGGUUGACAGGAAUCAAUCCGCGCGAUGUCGCAACCGCCACCGGGACGUGGUCGCGCACGACCACCUGGUCCCCCAUCUCCCCUCCACUAUCGACCGCCUUCACCAUGGGCGCCAAGCCCACCACCUCUGAUAUCUGGGCCGAGACAUUCGACUGCCCUCGUCUCACCUCCUCCAGUCCAGCUAUCCCCGAAACCGUUCCGCCCGCUUCAUUCUCCACACUUACGACAGCACUCGCCGUCUCCGAGCUCUCACUUCUCGAUAUCUCCGUAUCCGAUGUCCCCAACGCUGGGUCAAAGCCCUGAGUACUAUUAUUCCUCUCCGUACGAAACGGUUCGCGAGUACGAUUAUGCUGGAGCGCCGUUAGAACCUCCUCCUCCGCCGCGUCCGAUGAUUUACGAAGAAGAUGAGGAAAGAGGACCAUCGACCGCGGAGAUUAUUGCGAAUCAGUCGCAAGAAGGUUAUGUGGAUGAAAAACUCGCCGAGUAUCAAGCGACGAUUCAGCUAUUACAAGACGAACAGGAGAGAGUACAAAAGAAGACAUUCGUUAAUUGGAUCAAUUCGCACUUAUCAAAGCGCAUACCUCCCAUGCGGAUCGACGACCUGAUUUACGACCUACGAGACGGCACAAAGCUCCUGGCUCUACUUGAAGUAUUGUCUGGCGAGAAAUUGCCAAUGGAACGUGGUCGUGUUCUACGACGUCCUCAUUUUUUAUCAAACGCAAACACCGCUCUCCGUUUCCUUGCGGGCAAGCGCAUUAAGUUGGUCAACAUAAACGCAGCUGACCUUGUAGAUGGAAGACCCGCCGUCGUGCUGGGUCUCAUUUGGACCAUCAUCCUCUACUUCCAGAUCGAAGAAAACAGCCGAGCACUUGAAUACCUCGGUGGGUCGCGUUGUGCGUCGGUCAUGUCGCAAGAGUCUGGAGCAGCGACGCCCACGCACAGAGCCGAAGACAGAUGGAAACAGGGUGCAAAGAAAACUCUAUUGCAAUGGGUUGCGAACGCUUUGCCAAAGGACUCGAACAUUCAAGUGACAGAUUUUGGUCCGUCCUGGCGUGAUGGUAUCGCAUUCCUCGCUAUCAUUGACGCUAUCAAGGCUAACCUCAUCAACCUCGCGGAGAUGAAGAGGAAGACAAACAGGCAACGUCUGGAGCACGCGUUUGACGUGGCCGAGACUGCGUUGGGCAUCGCGAGACUGCUGGAUGCAGAGGACGUGGAUGUAGAUAAGCCGGAUGAGAGAUCAAUCAUGACAUAUGUGGCUCAGUUCCUGCACAAAUACCCUGAACCUAAGACGACAGGUCCAGACGCAGUCGCGGCAGUGCAAGAGGAAUACGAAAUGCUGAGAAGUUGGCUCACGGAGCGGGUGUCCGUCGUGCAGCGGCAGUACGACUCCAGGACACUCUCGCGACACUACGAGGACUAUGUCCGCGCCGAAAACGAACGCCUCGCCAGAGAGCCCAUCUAUCAAAAAUUAGAAAAACUCAUGUACACACAGAGCUUAGUGGCCAUCGCCCCCAAAUCUUGGAGGGAGCUUGUGGCGUUGUGGAUCGAGUUGGAGAGGCUGCAUCGAAAAUGGCUCUGGCUUUUAGAUUCCGAUCUCCCCGGAGACUUCCGCGUGGUUGGAGAGUGGCUAGCAAGAGCUGAAUACUUGCUCUACUUUGACGAAAUACCCACAACUUUAGAUGAUAGAACCGCAGCUAUCAUUAGCGAAAAGUUGGAAGAACAUACUUCAUUCUUCGCCGACCUGCCAGAAAUUAUUGACAGAUUCGAGGCAGCGCUAAGAUCUCCUGAUGCAGCGAGCAUACCCGCUGAAAGACUCCAGGAUAUGAAAGAUCGUUUACAAGCAGUCGAUCGCAGGGCUCCACAGAGAAAGGCCAGGUUAAAGUACUUGGAGCACAAGUGUUGUAUUGUAGCAUUCACCGAGCUGACUAAGGCCAAGUUAGCUGCUUGGACUGGAAAAUACGGUCGUAUCGAUCACGUUCGUGCCUUAUUAGACGAUUACGAUAACUUUGUAACUAAAAAUAAAAUUUUCCAAGAAUUUGAUAGAGCCUAUAUUGACAUAAAGCAAGUAGCAGAAGAAUAUAAAAGAGUUUGCGAGGUAGACAGAACAGAGGCUAGAGAAAUUGACGCCUUUUUAAGAGAAAUAUCGGAGAAUUGGAGAAGAGUGGCAUCCGAUGUUAGAUGCGCUCGAAGUGUCUUAGAGGAAGUUAUUGCUCACUGGGAAAGGUGGACAACAUUAUCAGACCAGUUUACACAGUGGUUAGACCGGGCCCAGCAUAUGCUCAGGGUCUCCGAAGAUGAAAGAUUAGAAUUCUUCCAAGACUUAACUGUUUGGAAGGAGAAACACCAACUAUUAGGUGACGCUGCUGGCUUUUUAGCGGCAACAUGUUCGGAAGAAAUAACAACAGAAAUUAAGAGGAAAUACGUAGAAAUUACUGAACGUUGGGAACGCGUUUGGGAUGAAGCUGAACGCUAUGUCCGCGGUGGGGAUGCUCUGCGUCAUAGAAGAGAACUGGCUCAAGGAAUGCAGAAUCUGGACACUUGGUUGAUGGGUGCCGAUAAUUUACUGUCACGGCAACCACGCGCAACCACCGCUGAUAUACAAGCGUACAUCGAUCAGUUGUUGCAACUGAACUCUGAAAUUGAGCAGAACGAGGAAUUAUUCAAAUCUAUAAGCAGAACCUUCCAAAAUGCGAUCGCAGAAUUACCUCGCGAUGAGGUGGAAGCAAACAUGACAAAGCUAAAGCAGCAGAAAGAAGCGCUGGUUCGUGUGCGAGCCACUGUGCCCGUCAAGCUGCACCAGUACCGGCAGCUGCUGGUGCAACACGAGUCGCUCGAGAGCGGCCAACAGGAGAUUGGACAGUGGCUCGACCGGGCCGAGGAAACCCUUAGAACCACCACUGAAACCAGGCGCGAGGUGAUUGAGGAGCGUUACGAAGUGCACCGCAGUUUCUUCUCCCGCACCACAUACUACCGCUCGAUGCUGGAGAGCAAGAACAAGGUGUUCCAGAACAUCGUGCGCGCCGCUGACGCCAACCGCAGCGCUGACGUCAGCGACCAGCUGCGGCUCAUGCGAGACCUCAAUGAGCGAUUUGCUCACUUAUCGUCAGAAGCGACUAAAAAAGAAGCUGAGUUGCAACGCCUUGUGCGAGCCUGGGACGAAUUUGAAACGAAGAAGAGAUCUGUCGAAGAGUGGGCGUCGAGGGCUGAGGCGUUGCUUGCGGAUAGCCGGGUAGACUCCAAGCAGGCUGUGGACUUCCAUAAAAGAUUCUUCCAAGGAGCUGAUGAGAGGGCUGUAUCAGAACUGGUCCGAUCUGGAAGAGAGUUAAUUGAGCUUGUGAACGAAGAAGACCGACCGAAAGUAGUUCAAACGGUAGAAGAAUUACAGCGAAGAUGGAAGGAGCUGCUCGAUAGAGCACCUCCGCACCUCAUGCGCUUGGAGUUCAGAUUAGAUGAAGCAGUAUUCCACCACUGCAUCAAGGAUAUCGAAAAAGAGAUCGUUUAUGAAGAACAAGCCUACAACCAAAGCGACGACGCUGAUGGCAUCCUGAUUCGAAAUGAAGAGUAUUUCCGCAACCAAGGAAAAAUCAUGCAAGUGGAACAGUGUUUACAAAAUCUCAAAAAGAUUUCAGUAAGUUACACGCACCAAACUGAGGACAAAAUGUUAGAAGAAGCUUUAAGGAAGUGUGAGCAGGAAUGGGAGUCAACGGUCCACAGAGUUGAGAACUUUAGGCAACAGUUACAAAGAAUACCAGCGAAAUGGGACGCAUAUAGAGAGAAAUUUAGGGAAAUGGAAAAGUGGAUGGAUCAUGUGGACAAAACUAUGGACAGCAUUGUGAGGGAAGUUGACUCAGCUGAAGCGUUUGAAAGAGAGAAGACCAUCUUCCAAAACAUUUGCCGGGAAGCUGACCGCAAACGAGAAGACAUGAAAUGGCUUGUUCAGACGUUAGACAUGCUUUCCAAUCACUGCUCAGACACCGAGGCACAAGAGGAACAAGUUAAACUGGAAAAUCUAAUAGCUAGAUAUAAAAAUCUUAUACCAACUAUAGAGAUUACCAUGAUUAAGACAGAAACAUAUACAAGAUGUUAUACUUACCGCCGAGAGGUGCACGAAGUGAUUUGCAUCCUAGAAAGUGCGAAAGAGAAGGCGAAGAUUGAACCAGAUUUACAAUCACUUCAACACGUUGAGCAACUAGUGCUUGAACAACAAGCUGCAGUACAACAACUGGAUCGGCAGCGGCCUUCUGUCAUGUCAAUGCUUCACCGAGGCAAAGAACUUAUUAAAGACGCCAAUGCACCCGCGUUUGUGAGAGAAGAUGUAAGAAAUCUUGAAAGUGGAUGGAACACCGCCUAUGAAUCAAACACUGAACGUUUAGAUAAACUCCGCGAUACACAGAAAGUAUGGUCUAAUUAUGAAUAUCAAAAAGAAGAAUUGCUUUCUGAUAUUAGCAAGAUUGAGAGCUACGUUGCCCACCCAGGUCUUGAGCUUGGGGUUUCUAACGUAAGUCGAGAACUUCAAGAAACUAAGGCUGUUAAUACGGAUUUGGAGCGAGCAAAAGCUGAAAAACUACCUCAAAUCCAACAGACAUAUGCGGAAUUGCAAACUCUGACAGCGAAUAAACCAAAACCGGUAAUAGAAAAAGAUUUGGAAACUAUUGAACGUAAAUUAGAAAGAGUUCAAGAUGAAGUUCAGACCAAGGUUGAGCAUUUAGAAAAGUUCAAUGAAGAAUGGGUGAAAAUUGAACAUAAAUUAGAACACGUUCGCGAAUGGAUUAAGAAAGAAAGUCCCGUACUUAUAUCUCAGGUUCAAUCAGAGAAUAUCACACCAGAAGAGCGUGUUGAAAAAUCUCAAGCCCUACAGAAAGUCAUAGCAGAAAAAUUAGAAAUCAUUAGAAAUGUGGCAGACCAGGGAACUAAAUUAGCAGUAGAGCAUCGUAUGCACGAUGCAAAUAAACUCAAGGGCGAGGUGGCUUUACUCGAAAAAAUGAUGGCAGAUUUACAACGAUCUAUGGAACAUCAAACUCAAGUUGUGAAACACGAUUUAGCUAGUUGGCAAAAGUAUCAAAAAGGUGUGGCUGAAAUCAAACCAUGGAUAGAAGAGGCUGAAAUUAAAUUGGGUAGUGUCCCAAAACCAACGACAUUACCCGAAGCUCAACAGCUACAGCAACAGGCAAGAGCAUUGAUUACUGACUGUGACAAGCAGUUGAUGAAUUUACAGAUUUUGUCAAGUGUCAGUCACCAAUUGUCAGGUAAAACUAGUGCACCCGACGAGGUUGACGCUAUUCAUUCAAGGUGGGCAGUUGUUCAUGAUUUAGCUGACCAGUGGAAUAACAAACUUGACAAAUUAGUUACGAAUUGGGAACAUUUCGAAAAAGAAGCCGAUAAGUUGGAAGCUUGGAUUGAAAAUGGCGAAAAACUACUCAGCAGUCGUUCUAUUAACGUGGAAACACCUCAAGUCGAAAAACUUGAUAGAGAGCUAAAUAAACUUAAAUCUUUUGGUAAUGAAAUAUCGCAACAACAAGCUAAAAUAAUAAGUCUCUCACAAAUAUGUGAUAAUAUUUGCCAUAGCGUUCAACCGGAAGGUGCAAAUUUGUUGAAAAAUAAAGUUUCAGACAUAAAAGAUCGUACGAAUGCACUUGCUGAAGUAGUUAGAUCAAAAGUCAAUGAGUUGUCGGACAAAAUCAUUGUAAGACAGGAAUUCCUCACGAAGCUACACAAUUUUGAUAAUUGGAUAACAGAUUUCCGAAGAAAGACUGAAAGCUACGAUCAAAUUAGUUCUGACAAAGUAGAACCUACGCUUCAAUCUAUGCACGUAUUACUUCAAGAACAUGCAGCAAAGGCUCCUGAAUUCACGGAUAUUUAUAAUGAAGUUAAAAACAUGACAUUAGUUUCUCAUCCAGAAGAGACGCGAUCAUUGAGUGAUACAUAUUCCAAUAUUGCUGAACACUACCAAGUCAUCGAAUCGAAUAUACAACAAAACAAGGGUAUCCUACAAAAAUGGUCGGAACUUCUAAACUGGUACGAGGAUAAUAAACAGCAAUUAAAUCAUAUCCAAUACCAAAUUGAAGGUCCAAAAUUAACUCCUGAAAGUUAUGAAGUCUUACGUCAGGAGUUAGUAAAUAUUAUUACUAAAAUUCCAGAGUGGAAAAGUAAUGUGGCUUUAUUAGAUGGUCCUUCCAGAAUUAAAGUUACAGACCAAAAUACUGGUAGAAUAAUACCACCAAACAGUUUAGUUAAGGAAAUAGAGAUAAAAGCAGACUCCUUGCUAAACCUCGUAACUUCUAAAAGAGAUUUAGUACAAAAAGUUGGUGCUAGAUGGGAUAAAUUCAAUGUACAAAAUAAGGCAUUAAUUGAAGUCUUACAUCACGUUCAAUCAGUUUUAAGUGAAAUGGCGCAGCAGCCUGUCCCAUUGACAGAAUCAACUAUUCAGGAAAUGACAGAAAAAUUGGAUAAUAUUGAUAGUGAAUUAAAAGAGAAACAAUCUGUUAGGAAAGACUUGAGAGAAGAAGGAUUACAUCUUAUGAGAGAAGAUCAGCCAAAUAUGGGUACGAUUCAAAAUGCUCUUACAGCAGCAGACAAUAGCUGGGAUCAAGUUGUCAACUCAGUCCGUGAUACUAAAAAUAAGUAUAUACUUCUAUCAUCCACCUUGCAAGAAUUAAAGAACUUUACAGUUGCGUUUGACCGAGAAAUGAGUAGGGCUGAACAACUGCAUAAUGAAUGCAAAGAAGCACCCAAUGAUUAUGUGCAAACUGCUCAAUUCUUAGACAAGGCAAAGAAAUCAUAUGAACUUCUGAAACGAUCUAAAGGUUUAUUGGAUCAAAUGGAUGUGAUCAAACAAUCCGUACUAAAACAAGCAUCUACGUUAGGUGGAUUUGACACAAGUCCUUUAGAAGAUGCAUUUUUAAACUCUCAAACACAUUGGGAGAAGGUUAAUGAUGCAAUAAUAAAACGAAUUCAAGAUUUAGAAUCUCAACUCUUAGUAUGGAGACAAAUCGACGACACUAAAAAUCAAGUUGUUACUUGGCUAAGUGAAACAGGACAGAAUCUCGCUAAUGCUUGUGAUAAUUUAGAAAUCAGAUUUGGCCAAAAUCAUCUUAUGAAAUAUAAAGAAGAAUUGCCACUUUAUUUAGGGCUUAAAAAUAGUAUUAAAGCCAAAUGUGAACAAAUUACCAAUCUAAACAAAAAUAUUCCCGUGGGACAGGUAUCAUCCAUAGUUGAUUAUUUAGAUAAUGAAUUCGAUGCUCUACAAACAUUAGCCGAUAAUUUGGAAAGUGCUGUAUUAUCCUUAGAAUCAAGAGAAAACAAAUUAAAGGAACAUAUUAAACGUCUUUCUGAUCAUAUAAGUAAAAUUCGUGACGAUAUAAUUAAAUGUGACGAUAUGUCAGGUGAUAAUGCUAAAAUUCUUGAUCGCCUUAAGAAAUGCCAAUCUUGUAAAGUGGAUCUCCAAAAUUUAAAUGACGAAAUCGACAACUUGGCGCAAAAUGUAUCUGAAAUGAAUGCUAACUAUCCAGGAUUUUAUGAAUCUCUCGUACCUAAAGAAUUAAGUACAUUACAAAAACGUUUCGAAAGUGUUCUGAUUCAUGCUAAUAAAACUGAAACAACUUUACUCACAUUCCUUCAGAAAUUGUUUACUGAUAAGUUGAAUAUGUUCAACAGAAAUUUAAAAAUAUUGGAUGACAAAACUAGGUGGUGUAUGCCGGAUGUUAAUAGUGACAAAUAUAAUCUAGAAGUUAAAAAUGCUGCUUUAGUAGACGUGGAGAAUGGAAUAACUGAUUGUAAGAAGAAAGUAGAUGAACUCAAAGAAGCUUCUGAAAUACUAAGCAUUGUAGCUGAACCAGUUUGUGCACAAGAAGCUGCUUCUCAAACGGACAAAGCUCAAAAGAACUUAGAAGUUCUUACAUCUAAUUAUAAUGAGAUUAAAAACCGGUUGCAAGAAAACUUGGAAGCGUGGCAAGAGUAUGAGAUUAUGUUAGAAAAUGUAUCCGAAUGGCUUAAAGAUAAAGAAAAUAGAGUAAGACAAGAAGCUGCAAGUUUAGUUAAUGUAAAUGAAAUUGAUGAUAAAAUUUCUGAAAUUGAAAAACUUAACCAAGAAGUUAAAGAGUAUGGUGACCAAGUAAAUAAACUUACAGAAAUUGGUGAAAAAGUUUUAUCACGUAAUCCAGAUUCGCGCAUUUCUCAAUACAUUAAUCAUUUAGAGACAAGAUAUCAGACUGUUGGUAAAUUUAUGGUUAAUCAACUAAAUAGAUUAAAAGACCUCAAAAAUAAUAAAGGAAAAUACGAUAAAUCUAUUGCCGAAUUCAAGGACUGGCUUCAGGAUACCAAUGCAAAAAUUGCAGACAUAGCGGCAAUGAGUAAACACGCGAAACCAUCCGCUGCUGAUUUAGACCACGUUAAAAAAUUAAAUGAGAAUAAAGAAGUUGGUCAGAAAUUACUCAACAGUGCCAUCGAAUCUGGCGAAGCACUUUUCAGCGGUGUUACUCCUGAAGCUCGUGAACAAAUAAGAAAUGAACUUAGAACAUUAAGAGAUUACUUUGAGAAUUCAGUUGAUUCACUCAAUAACGUUAUUAAGGAUAUUGAAACUACUAUAAACAAGAGAUCAUCAUUUGAUGAUACCUUUAACCAGGUUCAAAAAUGGAUAAGCGACAAAGAAACAGAGUUAGGUGAAUUUAAACUAUCACCUUCUCUACCUGAAAAGAAGGCCCAACUUCAUAAUACUAAAAUUCUUUAUCAAGAGGUAGAAUUACAUCAAUCAAUGCUAUCCCAGCUCACUGAUAAACUUAAACUUAUGCCUGACGAAGAUGCUGAAAAAGGCCUUACGGAGAUAAUCGACAGAUAUAAAAACAUGUCAUCAGAACUCGGCAAUAGAAUAACUAAAUAUGAAUCUCAUGUUUUAGAUCACGAAAAAUAUGUCCAAAUAUUUGAAGAUAUUCGUGAUCGACUUAAUCAUGUAAUAGCUGAAAAUAGUUUAGUCAGUUACGCAGUGGUUUCACAAAAAGAGGACGUAGAUUCUAAAAUUAUGGCUAUAGAAAAAGUUACAUCAAAGGCGAAAGAAAUUGACAAUGCAUUAAAUACUGUAAAAUCACAAUUGCAUACUGUUUUAGAAACCACAAGCCCAAAUGGACAUCCAGUUCUUAUAAGCGAAUUCGAAAAGUUAAAAACUACAUGGGAUCAAUUUGCAAAACAAUGUAGUGAAUAUGAUAAAAAACUUAAAGAUACUAUUAAACAAUGGAACGAGAGUCAAAAAACUCUAGAUGAACUUGAAGAGUGGCUUAAAGUAAAAGAAAAUCAAAUAAGAGAUCAAAGCCUUAAAAGUAAUAUUGAGGCCAAAAUAGCACAUCUACAAAAAGUUAAAGAAAUACAAAUAGAACUUGGAUCUAAGGGUGCUGAGUUCGCUGCUUUAACUGACAAACAAAAUAUAUCUGGUGAAUCUGAUAUAAUUACGAAGACUUCUAAAUUAGCCACUAGAUAUCAUACAUUGAACAACCUCGUAAAUGAAAUAAUUUCAAAAUAUGAAGUAUUCGUAUCUGAACACCAGUUAUUUGAAAAUGAGUAUGAUAAUAUGGAAAGUUGGCUAAUGGGCAUGUUAGGUGAUCUUCAAGAUUUAAAUGAGAUUGUAGGAGACUACGCAGUUUUACAAGAAAAACAAAAUAAAGCAAAAGAACUUUACGAAACAAGAAAUAAGAAAACUCCUGCUUUUGAAGAAUUCCUUAGCUUAGGAGAGAAGCUUUAUGCUCAUACCAGUCCUGACGGUAGAGAAAUCAUACGACAAAAAAUUCGUAAGAUAAGAACAUUAUGGGACAGCUUUGGUGAUAGUUUCCAAGAAACUGUCAACAAGUUGGAUCAAUGUUUACUGCAAUUUUCUGACUUUUCACUUGCUCAAGAACAAUUAACUAAAUGGUUAAAAGAUGUUGAAAAAGCAAUGCAGAGACAUACCGAACUAAAAACAUCGCUAGAAGAAAAGAAAGCUCAACUUCUGAACCAUAAAAUCUUACAUCAAGAAAUAAUGUCACACGUGCAGCUUGUUGAAUCUGUAUGCGAUAAAGCCCAGCAAUUAGUAGAUCAAACCCACGAUGCUUCUUUAAAUGUAUAUUUACAAUCUAUAAAACAACUAUUUCAAAACAUUGUUACAAAGUCUCAAAAUCUUCAAGACAAUUUGGAGGAUUGUGUAAAAAGGCACGAAGAUCUUGUUCGUCUCCUUCAACAAUUCAAAGAAUGGCUCGGUUCUCAGUCAGAAAAAUUACUCGAUAUAGAAAACGCAGUGGGAGAAAAGCCUGAAAUUAUAAGAAAACUUCAAUCUGCUGUUGCUUUAAAAGAUAUUGAAAAAGUGGGGUCAAGUAAGUUAGAUGAAAUACGAAACAUAUUUUCCACUGUCAGCAAAAGCACAUCGGAAGCUGGAAACGCGGCUAUUAAAGCAGAGAUCAACAAUUUACAUGAACAACUUAAUAAAGCAGUAAAUAGUAUUAGCACAUCUGAGCAAAAAUUGAAACAUACUUUAGAAAUUUGGAAUAAGUUUGAUUCUUCUAUUGAAUCCAUAACUGGAUGGCUUAAGGAUAUGGAGGCUAAGUGCCGUGACCAAACAUUAUGCUCAACGUUAUCUGAAAAAGAAGCUCAGUUACAAAGAUAUGUUAAUUUACGUAAUGACAUUCACGCAAAAGAAAAAGAAAUAGAUGCAUUUGUUGAUGAGUCUCACAGCCUCAUUUUAUUAAGUGGUGUAGAAAGGUUAAAACCACUUGUUAUUCAAAUAAGUAGUCGAUACCAACAACUUCAUUUAAUUUCAAAGGACAUAGUAAACCACUGGCUAGAAUUAGUUUCCGAUCAUAAAAAGUUUGUUCAACUAAGAAAUGAAUUUGACACUUGGUUAAAACCUUUGGAAGAACAGUUAUCACAAAUGGUAAUAAAAGAAGAUAAGGUAGGUAUUGAAAGCAAAGGUAAUAAAUUACAAGUCUUUCUGUUAGAGCGAGAAAACGGAGAGCAUAAAAUUGGUAUCUUGACAACAGCUGGAGAUAAAGUUUUACCCGAAACUGCAGCGAAUGGAAGAGAAAGUAUCCGAGGUGAAAUAAGAGAUCUGAGGGAAAGAUGGGAUAAGCUUAAUGAUAGCAUUUUGCAACAGCAAAAAGAAUACGAAUCUCAGACUUUGCAAUGGUCUAGUUAUCAGGACGUAUUACAACAGACAUUAUCUUGGCUAGAUGAAAAAGAAAAAAUAGUUGAAGGUGAGGAAAAAGUAGUUCUUAAUUCAGCUCAAGAAAUUAAAUCACGGUUACUUAAAAAUAAAACUUUGUUACAAGAAAUAAAUUCGCACAAAAGAGUUAUAGAAACUGUCACUGAAAAAGCUAAGAGCAUUGCAGCUAGUAUUCAUUCCAGUAAAGGGGGAAGCGAUGAAAUGGCAGCAAUUAUUAAAUCUGUUUGGGACAGAUAUAAUGCCCUUACUAACAGGUUGUCAACAGUUAUUGAUAAACAUGAAAAUGCUUUUGAGAUUUACCAACAAUUUGGUGAUCAACAAAAAUCCCUUCAAGAUUAUCAAAAGCAUUUAUGGGAUCGUUUGCACUUACUUUCCGACUUUACGGGUAAUAAAGCAGCCUUACUAAGUAAAUUAGCUAAAAUCCAAGAGCUUUUAGAUGCAAUUCCAAAUGGAACAAAUAAAUUGAAAAUAUUAUCUGACCUCAUUGAAAAUGACGGAUCUAAACUUUCACCACGUGGUAAAGAAGGUAUGUCACGAGAACUAGGAUUAUUAAGAGCCGAUUUGGAAAAAUUCACAGCAACUGUACAUGACGUUAAAAGAGGUAUUGAAGAAAAAAUACAACAAUGGAUCGAAUUUGAUGCUGCUAACGACCGAUUGCAACACUGGUUAAAUGAUACAGAAAUGAGCUUAAAGACAUACACUCCUAAAGCUACUCUUGAAGAAAAGAUUGAUCAACUUAAUAAAUAUCAGGAUUUAAGUAAAGCAAUUGAUAAUCAUGAAUCUGAUUUGAAUACGGUCAUAAAAUUGGGCGAAGCUUUGGAUCAAGCAAUUUUAGCAAACUUGAAGAAAACUGAAAAUGAUGUCGAUAAACUAACUGAUGAGUUCAGUGAUCUUAUUGAAAACUGUAAUGAUACGAGGAUUACAAUGAAUCUACAACAAAUGACAUCACGCUUCCAAUCUGUUCAUUCCACAGCUAAUGAGUUGGUUAAAAAAUGCCAACAAGCGGUCAAUGAUCACAAUGCAUAUCAAGAAAAAUAUAAUCAAUGUGUUGAUUGGGUAAAAGCCGCACAAUACAAAUUCGAUGAAUGUCAAAGGAAUUCGUCGAAUACUCCUGAAGGUAUUAAUACCCAGCGUGAAAGCUUAAACGAUUUAUUAAGUCAAAGGCGAAACGCUGCUCUUUUAGUUAAUAAUACUUUUGAACUAGGAGAGAAAUUAUAUCCAUCAACAUCCCCCGAAGGCAAGGAGUUAAUUGAACAGCAACUUCAUGAUAUGCAGCAAACCGUGGAUAAUUUAUAUGAUAACAUUACCAAAGCUGAGCGUGAUUUAGAUUCUGAACUUAACAAAUGGUCCUCGUUUGAUGAAAAUCUUAAGGCCGUCAAUGAGUGGUUAACACUAGCUGAGAAAAAUCUACCUAAAAAUAUUGAACUUAAAGCAACACUAGAUGAAAAACGCAAUCAAUUAAAUGUCUAUAGAAACUAUCUUCAAGAUGCUAUUGCACAUCAACAAGACAUCUCUGAUUUAGAAGACCGAGCACAAAAUUUGCCUGAUGUCAAUAAAAAUAUUACAAAGGAAAUAAGCCAACUAAAACAGAGGCAUGACAACAUUCUUGUUCGAGCUAAAAGUUUCGUUGAACAAUACGAAGCGAUUGUUAACAAUCAUCAGCAAUACAGCAAAGCUGUUAUGGAUUUACAAGAAUGGGUUGAAGCAACUCAUAAUACAGCACAAUUAUGGGGUGAUGUUAACUUAGAAAGGGUGGCAUUAAGUAGUAAUUGUGAAAAAUUGAAAUCUCUACAAGUAAGCUUACCUGAAGAAAAAAAUCGCAUAGAUAAAAUUCGCUCAUUAGGUGAAAAAGUUCUUCCAGGAACCGUCAGCAAUGGUCAAACUAAUAUAAGGAACCAAAUAGACGCGUCUCAUCAAGAAUGGGAAGGAUUAGUGUCUUUCAUUAACAAAACAAUUGAAUCGUUGGAAAAUAAAAUACAGCAAUGGAAUGAAUACGAAAAUAUGAAAGAUCAAUGUUUGGCUUGGAUUCGGAAUACAGACAAUCAAAUUCAUGCGGUUGACUUGAAAGCGACAUUACCCGAAAAACAAGAACAGUACAAUGUUUUCCAAGAAUUACAAGGAGAAGUAAGAGCAAAGGAACUUGAGAUUGAUAAUAUUACCGAAAAGGCGCAGCAUCUCUACACAGGAGUAUUAGGUCCUCGUGGCUCACAGAUUUCUGACUUAACUGUAAAAUAUCAAACACUGUCUCAAAAAGUUAAAGAUUUGACAAAUAGGUGGCAGCAGUAUGUUAAAACUCAUCAAGAGUUUACAAGUAAUGUCACUGAAUGUUCUCAAUGGAUUGAAGAGCUGAGAGAUAAACUUGAUUUCUGUGCUGAUUUAAGCUCAUGUUCACAGGAUGACCUGGAGACAAAACUAGUGCUAAUUCAAAACCUUUUAUUAACUAAGGAUGAAGGGUUUACUAAGGUUCAAUCCUUAGUUGAACUUGCGCAAAAUGUAAUGGCCAAUACAGCUCCAGCUGGACACGAAGCAAUUAAUAACUCUUUAGUGGCUUUACAGGAGCAGUGGUCAGCUUUGUUAUCUCGUAUGAUUGAAACUAAGAACUUAUUAGAUGAUUCAGUUACUAAAUGGGCUGGUUUCUUAGAACAAAUACAACUGAUACAAAAGAGUAAUACAUGGCUCGAAGCUAUGCUAGCAGAGUUGACGCCAUACGAAUCAUCUAUGACGGAUAAACGAGCACAACUUGAGAAACUAAAAGAGGUAGAAGAAAAAGCUCGUUGUGACCGUUUAGAGGUUGAUACUCUAAAAUCUAAGGCUGCCGAAAUGUUAGCUAGUGGUCAACAAAAUCAAGCUGCAUCUAAAGCUCAAGAAACACUGAAUAAAUUUGACACUUUAUAUGAUAAAGUAAAGAAACUAUUAGCUGAUCGCGAAGAACAAUACAAAGAUCAUAGAUUAUACAAAGAAGCUCAUGAUGAACUGAUUCAGUGGCUAGGCAGGGCAAGGGAAAAGGUGCCUUCAUUAAAAUCUAAGCCCUUAAGUGAUAAGCUAGCAAUAGAGAACUCAGUUGCUCCUCUUGAAGCUCUGAUAAAUAAGCAAGCACAAGGUGAAUUAUUAUUAGAACAUCUUCAACAUACUGGCGAAGUUGUACUUGCGAGCACGUCACCGGAAGGACAGAUAGUUAUUAAAAAUGAGAUGAAAGCCCUAAAGGAAAGCUUUGAUCAAUUAUUUAAUGAAAUUAAACAACAAAAAAGUCAAUUGGAAGAUAUUGUUAAUCAAUGGCGAGAAUAUAAAGAUGAGUAUGAAAGAUUAUCUGACUGGCUGCAACAAAAAGAAAUUAUUAUCAAAAAUCACAAACUUGCUCUAUUAGGUACAGCAAAGGAGAAAGGAGCUCAAGUGAAUGAUGUCAAAGAAAUAGUUGAUCAGUUACAUAAAGGAAAGAUUGAAAUUGAAAAAUUCAAUGCUUCAGCUUCAGGUCUACUAUCGUCUCAUUUGGAUACGUAUGUCAACAAUCAGCUAAGACAUUUGAAUUCAAGGUACCAAGUUUUAGUUAAUAUGGCUAAUGAUGUUCUUAAAAAAGUAGAAACUAAUUACGAACAACACAAGAAUUACGAUGAAAAUUAUGAAAAAACAAAGAAGUGGAUAAAUGAUGCUUGGGAUAUAACGCGUAGUGGAAGCGAAGCAGGUAGUAAUAGUAGUAAAGAGGCUUUACAGAAACGCUUAGAGCAAAUCGAAGAUCUGUUGAAACGUCGCGAAGAAGGCCAGAAUCUUGUUCAUGCGACUGUAAAUAGCGGGGAAAAAGUUCUAAGAAACACCAGGUCUGACGGUAAAGAUAAAAUCAACAAUGAACUCAAAGAACUUCAAAAUGAAUGGGAUCGUUUAGUGAAAAAGAUGACUACAGCUAAGGUGCACCUUGAAACUGCAAUGUUGCAAUGGGCAGAUUAUAGUUCAAGUUACUCCCAACUUCAACAAUGGAUCUCCGACAGAGAGGCAAAACUACAAGAAGUGUGCGAACAAAAAUUAGCUAAGACUAAAAAAAGCCAGGAUCGCCAUGCAGGUCUCACAACAGGUCUUAGUCUUGGUGAAAGAAAAGCUACACUUCGUCAAACAAAUAAUAUCGUUCAGGAUAUUGUUUCGUUUGAACCCAUGAUACAGUCUGUAACUUCUAAGGCUUCGGAACUUAUGCAACAAGCUCCGGCGUCUGAAAUUACCAGUAAAUAUGAAAAUCUGUCUAAGCAAGCUAAAGAUUUAUAUGAAAAACAGAAAGAAACUGUUGAACAACACCAGGUAUUUAUCGAUGCUGGUACAGAUUUCGUCCAAUGGAUAAGGGCUGCUAAAGAAAAGUUAGGAAAAUGUUCAGAUGCAACUGGAGAUAAGGAAUCUUUGAGCAGCAAAAUAUCGCAGCUAAAAGUUUUGGAAAGUGACUUACCUGAGGGACAAGCGAAGCUACAAAAAGCUUUGGAACAGGGAGAGAUAUCUUGUGGUCUCGCUGAUGACGAGGACAGAGAGGAUAUAGAAGAGGAAGUAGCUCUUAUGCAAGAAGAAUACGAUACCUACGUAGAACAGCUCAACAACACUAAGGCUUUGAUCGAGGGUGGUAUCGUGAAAUGGACAGAAUACGAAGAGCAAUACAAAGAAGCCUUGGAUUGGUUGUCUAAGACUGAGAAAUUGGUGCAAUCCUUCAACAAACUGCAGAAUAACUUAGAACAAAAGAAGGUUGUUCUAGAAGAAUUCCAGGGACACCUCCAAACUCUAUUUGAUUGGCAAGCUGAGUUGGACAAGCUUAAUGUGCGUGCACAAUUACUGCUAGAGACUUGCUCAGACACCAGAGUAUCUAACGGUAUUACGCAGCUCACAACGAAAUAUAAUGCAAUACUGUCAUUAGCUAAGGAGGUGAUGAAGAGACUUGAACUGCAUUACCAGGAGCACCAACAACAUAAUGCCUUAUACGGAGAAUGCCAGGAUUGGCUUGACAGGACAAGAGAAAAGUUAAAUCAAUGCGCAGAAAUACCGAACACACUGCAAGAAGUCAACAACAAACUUAACACUGUGAAACUUCUUCGUCAAUCGUUGGAACAGGGACAAAACAAAUUGAGAUACCUUCUAGAGCUGAAGGAGAAAGUCAUAAUGAACACUGAACAGACCGGCGCAGCAAAGAUACAAGAAGACACAGAUAAUCUUAAGCAAGAGUUUGAUAAGCUCAUCGCUGAUUUGCAAGACGUUCGUAACAAGUUGACGAACAGGGCAUCGCAAUUUGAUGAUAUUUCAAAGGUUCAAAAGUUACUGGUAGAGUGGCUUGAUGAUAUCGAUCAGAAAAUCCAAUCAGAUGACUCCCUUUUAAAUGAUUUGUCGGAGAAGAAGGCUAAAUUAGAGAAAUUUAAAACCUUCAAUAGAGACAUCGACUCGCACAAAGAUUUAGUUAACAAACUGAACGAAAAACUUCAAGAAGACUCCUCUUUGAAGUCGAAAGACAUCGAAGAUACGUUAAAACGAUAUGACGACAUCAAGAAGACUGUAAAUGAUAUGAUUAACAAACUUGAAGAUUUUGUUAACUCCCACAUUCAGUACAAGGAGUCGUAUGAUAGUUUCUAUGACUGGAUUCGUAACUGCAAAAUAGAAAUACAGCAAUGCUCAGAUUCUCAUGGUGCUAAAGAUGAUGUUCAGAAAAAACUCAAAAAUGUUAAUAAGAUCAUUGGAUCUUUACCUAAAGGAGAGGCCUUACUCAAAAAGGCCAUUCAGUUAAGCGAAGCCGUACUCGAAACAACUGGCAAUGAAGGCAAAGAUAAUAUCAACCAGGAAAUAAAACAGUUAAAGAUAGAAUGGGAGAACCUGCAGCAAAUAUGUAAAGAUACGAAGAAAUUGCUAGAGAAAUGCUUAGCGGCAUGGUCUGACUUCAUGGAGACGUUGGAAAAAAUGACUAAAUGGGUUAAAGAUUUCGAUGCUAAAUUGAAAACUGUUGAAAAGGUUGACAAAAUUACACCAGAGUAUUUGGACAAAUGUAGAGACCUUCUGGCUCAAGCAUUAGCAAAUAAACACGUUUUGGAAGAGCUUAAUGAUAGAUGCGAAAACCUAAUGGAGCUUAGUGCUUGUGCUUGGGUUCGUGAUAAGACGGUGAACCUUCAAACUGAAUACACGCUUUUAUUGACUAAGAUUCAAGGUCUUGUUUCUAAUGGCGAAAAGAAUCUUUCAGAUCACACUGAAUUCAUUAAAGCAAAAGAAGAACUACAACGUUGGUUAGAAACUGCUCACGGAACAGUCCACGACUCAAUCGGUGUUGGAGAUAUUGACACAACGAAAGAUAAAUUGGAAACUGUGAACCUAGUCAGUAAUAGAAUGACCGAAGGACAUCAUUUAUUGGUGGUCUUACAAGAAGCAUUUAAGAAGGCUCUUAACAAUACUCCUCCAGAAGAACAGGAUGGUCUUCGAAAUGACGUCAAAGUUUUACAAGAAAGCUGGGACCAGCUUAAGAUUGACUUGAAUUCUAUAACCGCUCAGCUCAAAGCUGCAAUCGGUAAAUGGGAAGAUUUUGAAGAUUCAAAGGCUAAAAUGAACAAAUGGAUCAAAGACACAGAACGAAAUCUCGACAAAGUACCUCCAACAGGUGGUGAAUUAGGUGAAAUGAAGACAUUACUUGAAAAAUAUAAACAUAUCGAGGACGAAAUUAAAAACAAGGCACCUGAAUUAGAACGUCUUAAGUGUGAGGCCGCUGAACUCAGCAGUUGGGCUAGGAAACCAGCUGUGAAGAAAGCCGUAGCGGAAAUAGAGAAGAAAUGUGAUGCAUUAAAAACAAAAUGUGCAGCGAAAAAAGCGGAACUUGAAUCCGAAAUUAAAGACUACAACCUAUACCACCAAUCCUUACAAGACACAGAAAAAUGGCUUUUGCAAAUAUCUUUCCAACUUAUGGCCCACAAUUCAUUGUAUAUAGCAAACCGCGAGCAAACAGAAGAACAGCUAGCCCAACACGCUGUAUUAUUGGAUGAUAUUCAGAAGUAUCAAUCUACACUGGACGACUUGGAGGCUAAGGGUCAUGCUCAAAUUGAACGUUACGAAGCUACCACUCCAUCAAUACGUGAUACUGUCGGAAAGCAGCUGAAAAAUGUUAACGAUAGUCACAAGAGUCUACUAGCUACUGCGCUGCAGAUUGAACGUCGUUUAAGAGAAGGUCUCGCUAAGUUCAAGGAGUACGAGGAUACCUUAGAAAGCAUUUUGAACAAUUUGGAUGAGUGUGAACCCGCCAUCACUGAACUGGAUGUGCCCGUGGAUGGACUAUCACACGGACGAGAUCUUCUCGAAAAAGCCAGGGCACUGCACAACCGGCUGCAAACGGAGAAGUCUCGGCUAUCUGCGGCGGUGGCAGCGUGCUCGGCUGCGGCCGCGUCUGUGUCUCGUCCGUCAUCGCCGGCGGACUCUGCGCCGCUGCCCGUACCACCGCGUGAGCUGCACGUGCGCGCGCGCCUCGAGGACCUCAUUGACCAGAAACAUGUAAGCGAAGUAGGCAGCGCGCGACUUGACGCCUUAAUAAAGAGUCUCGAAGCGCCUGAGUUCAGCCAGAAACUCGUGGCUUUCGAGAAAAGGGUACAAAGCCAUCUUGAAACAUUACGGGAUGCUGUUAGCGGUAUGGAAGAUGCCAUGAAACAAGUGCUUGAAAUCCAAGACUGGAUUAAUGUUCACAAUGCCUUAGCUAAUGAAUGGCUUUCCAACCCAUCGAAAUUGCGUCCUGAAGCCGCUAAACAAGAUAUGGCAGCGAUGAAUGAUGCUUUAGCAUCUCUGGCUGAGAAGAGGAACAGACUACUCACGGAGAUACCUACUGAAGGUCUAGAAGAUGAAAUUAACCUUGAAGAAGAACUGGAGAAUUUAGAAAAAACUAUCCUCCAAGCAAUUGAAAGAGAAAAGGGCAACCAAGCGAUAAUAGACGCCUUCCGUAAUAAGUGUCAAGAAAUUCAUGAUUGGUUUGACUCUGUACUUAAGAAGAUGUGUUUAGCCGAUAAAGGAUCUGGUUUACCUUGUCCACAAAAGUUAAAUGCUCUCAAAGAAUUGUCUUCGGAAUUUGGUCAGGCCGGGAAAGAUAAAGUAGACAGUAUCAAGACUGUAGGAUCACAAGUUAUUAACAUAGUUAGCAAUCUUGAUUCUCAGCAAGUAGAAGAACAAAUGAAGUCAGUUGAGAGGAGGUAUAAUGAUAUCGCUAAACGUAUUCAGCGUAAAUUGCAAAUGCUUGAAAUUACCUACAAAGCUAUUGAUGGUACAAAGAGUGAAGUAGCUGCUCAGAACGAAUGGAUGCAGAAAGAAAUAGACAAUAUCCUUCAUCCUGAACCUCUCGGAUAUGACAGCAAGUCAGUGAAAGAAAAACAAAAGAAGGUAGCUAACUUACUUAAAGAGACAGAUGGCAAGAAAACUGUUAUCGAUUCUUUGGAAAAGAAGGUCAGCAAUAUUCAAUCAGAGCUUGAACCUUCUGAACAAAUGCAAUUAGAGUCAGAACUAUCUGAACUAGCUUCUAAACAAAAGCAACUUGCUACAUUAAUAAAACAAGAAAUUGAAAGACUCGGUGGAUGUGCUGAUAUAAGGAAAAAAUUAGAAAAUGAUAUUGAGAAAGCUAAGAGUUGGCUCAAGACCAAACUAGCAGAAAUCAAAAAGCUAGGCGGCCCAGUCCCUCUAGAAGUGUCAAAGGUUGAGAAAGAAAUUGCAACUCACAAAAAACAUCAAAGUGAAUUGUCUGACUUCCAUAACGAUUCACUAACAGAAGUUAUGCGUCAAGGUAACGCAGUAUCUAAGGAUUGCUCAAGCGAUAAUAGAGCUAAACUUCAAGGCAUUUUAGAUGAUUUGAAUAAAUCAUACACAUCUGCUAAAGUAGACAUUGAUGAUAAGCUUGCAGCGUUGAAUAAAUUAUUACAAGGUAGAAACGAGUUUGAAGCGGAUGUAGCUAAAUGCCAGAGCUGGUUGAACGAAGCUGAAGUUGCGGCAACACCUGAAUUACGAACAACGAGUCUUCAAUUGUUGGAAGAACAACUAGCCAAAUUCCAAAAACUUAGUAAGGAAGCUGAAGACGUCGAAAAAAAUAUCAAAAAAAUCAAAGACAAAUCCAAAGACAUCAUGGAAACAUUAUCUGAUUCAAACAAAUUACAACUUAAAGAGCAAGUUAACGUACUAUCCGAUAGAUUUGCGAGGAUCAAUGCUAUUAUAAAUGAUAAGAAGAAUAUUCUUCUUAAACAUAUCAAAGAAUACAAAGAUGCUGCAGCCAAGAUUGCUGCUGCCUUGGAGUUCCUUAAUGAUAUUCAAAACAAACUUAAGGCAUUAAACAAACCCAUAGGCAGUAAAGUUGAAGACGUUCAACCUAUUAUUCAGGCUUACGAAUCUAUAUUAGAUGACCUCAAGAAAAACAAAUCUAUGCUCAAUGAACUACAAGGUGGCAACCUACAUGACCUUCAAGACAUUUUGUCUAAACAAGAUGAACUAAUGGGAACAAUAGAGGAUCAAAUUUCUAAACUCAAGCAACUUCUGCUAUUACGUGAACAAUUCUUUGCCCUCGUAAAGGAAAUUGAGGACUUCAUCUCUAAAUAUACGGACCUGACAUCUGAAAUCGAAAAGUCAAAUGACACCUUAGAAGACAAAAUAAAACGUUACGAUGACAUCAUUGGAAAAAUUCAAGGUUGUGAAGCUUUGUUGGCAACAGCAACUGAUAAGGGUCAACAGAUUGCAGCAGAAGGCACGGUUAUCGACAGAAACAAUAUUACUGAACUGUUGCAAUCUCUAAAACAACAACUACUAACACUGAGGAGGAAUGUUGAAGCUAAACGUCAAGAGCAUGAACGGGCGGCAGCUGAGCACAAGAAACUGGCAGCAGAUCUUUCUGAAAUACUGCAAUGGCUUCACGACAACGAAGCAGUAGUACACUCGAGACCACUACUGAAUAGAGAUGUUGCUAGCGUUGACAAGAAACUCAUCGAGCACGCAACACUUGCCAAAAAUAUUCAGUCAUAUUUGGAUAAAUUUACCAAAAUCGCUGACGUUAUUAAAAAUGACGACGGCGUCCCCGGUUCGUUACUAGAAAUGCUAUCAGAAGGUAAUUCUUUGAAAACAUCACUGCCCGCUGAAUUAUCAAACAGAGAAAAGCACUUACAAGACAAUAAGAAAUAUAGACAACAGUAUCAACAAAUGGUAGAGAAAUUAAAUUUGUGGGUGAACGAAGCGACCGUACGACUCGGAAUGGGUAAAAACGGAACAGACUUCGAGAACAUCGAGGCUGAUUUAGAAGAACAUAAGACAUUCUUCAACACUUCAGAGCCUGAAAUGAAAGAUUUGGUUGGAAAACGUAUGCAAGAUAUAGUGGACAAAAUUUGGCCAUCACUCACAUCAUCCGAACAAGAGGAACUGUCCAAAGAACACCAGAAACAUAACCAACUGUUGAAGAAUACCCUUAACUCAGACAAAACUCGCCAAGCUCAACUAGAACAGGACUUAGAGAUCUGGAAGGACUUCUGCCAGCUCGUGGAGAAGAUAAAGGCAAUAUUGGACAAGAACGAUAUCAAGGAGGAACCAGUGACGUCAGUCGACGUGCUGCGAAUGUACGUUGAAAAGUUGAACCACGCCAAGAAUGAUCUGGAGAAUCAACAGCCGCUUCUCGACGUCGUUCGGGAGCGUGCUCGUGAGCUGUGCAGCGGCGCGGACGCAGCCAGCGGGGAACGUGUCGAACACAAGACCAGAGAUCUAGCUGAUAGAUGGAAUGUCGCCUGUGAAGGUUUAGCUAAACGCGCAGCGUCGGCAGACAGCCAGUUACAGCGCUGGAACCAACUUUUGGAUACUCAACGAAGUCUAGCCGCGGCUGUCACGGCUGCCAGUGACCGCCUGCGACAGUUGGACGCCAGCCCUGCUACUAGGCGACGUGCGUUGGACACCAGGCAUGCACUGCAGGAGUUACAAAGCGAGGUGUCAAGUCUAGAAGAGACCAGGGACGAUCUGUUGGAACACGCGGACUUCGUGGUGUCUCUACUCAAACCACACUCUAAGGACGUAGCCGCUGAGAACGAGAGGAAUGUCAAAGAACUGGUGGAAGCUUAUGAGAAAUUGCGACAGACUCUUGCGGCGAGACUCGCGGAGAUCGACGAAAUUGUUUCCGAAUUUGAUCGAGUAUCGGAGAAGAUCGAGAAACUCCGACAGCAGAUCGAAGUUUAUAUAGCCAAAGUCGGAACUUUCUACGUAUUUGGGGAGGACAACGAAGCAGAGAUCCGCAAUCUUGCCGAGCAAGUUUCGGAUCUGGUGAAAAAGACGAAAACCUUCACCGAGGAGAGCGGGAAGCGGUACGGAGGCUCCGCGCCCGCGGACGUGGCGCAGGAGCUUUCCGCACUAGAACUGUCUGCGGAGGCACUUGCCGCUGCAAUGGAGGAGAAGGAAAGGGAAUGGAAGCGCGCACGCACCGCUCGUGGAGAAUACGCGAGUGAUGUGGAGGGCGUGCAGGCUUGGGUGCGAGCGGCCGAAGUCACGGCUCGUGAGCGCACGCUAGCGCCGGAACCUUACCGCGAGCGCCUGGUGGCCACGCGUGCUGAGAUACCCGCCGUAGCAGACCGCUUAGAGCAUCUUGCCCGCAACGCGCGUGCUAUCAUAGAAGGCAGUCGCGACUCCGGCGAGCGCCACCUGAUCCAGUCUACCGUCUCUGUGCUGUCAGAGCAGUUUUCUGCGGUGUGCAGCGAGCUCGAAGCGCGGCAAGCGGCCGUCGAGGAUGCCUGCGAUGCCGUGGCUAGAUUUUUGGCCUUAUUAGAGAAAGUUCUGCUUUGGGUUGAGACACAACGUGCGUUCCUAGCGCGGCCGUUGCCAUUGGCCGACUUGCAGGAAGCGCAACAGAAACAGACUGAAUAUGGGAAUGCCCUUAAGAGUUGUAAGCAACAAGCUAAAAAUUUAGCAGAUAUGACUAAAGAGUUAGAAGCCAUAGAGCGCGUGACGAGUCCAGGCGACCUGCCUUCUAGGCUAGAGGCUGCCGAAAAUGCAACAGUUGACGUGGAAAAACGAUUAGCGAAAACAAAUGGGUUGCUUCAAGAAUUAGCUGAGGAGUGGGAGCGAUGCGAGAAAAAACUAAAAGACGUCGGACAUUGGCUCGAGGCAACGACGAGAACAAUCGAGGCUCCGCAGAAUGCUAAAAAACCUUUACGAGACCGUCUAGGCCUCAGAGAAAAGUUAAUAAACGACAUAUCGACGCAAAAAACUAAGAUUUCCUACGCAGUCGAAAAACUGAACGUACACUUCGGACCCGACGGCGUCGCUGCGCAGUCGCGCGCGCCCGAGGGCGUGCAGGUGGCGGCGCGCGAUCUAGUGGCAGCUCUGGACGCGCUGGCGGCUCAGACUGGCGCUCAAGCCACACAGCUCGGAGCUGCACUGGCGCAGCUCGAGGCGUACUGUGCCGAUGUGGCACGUCUCCGCGCGCAACUGCUUCAGGCCGAACAGCAAUUACGCCACGCCGCGCAGCCCAACUACAGCCCGCGUGACCCCGAGAGGGCCGCGACGCAUCAGCAGGAGGUCGGGCGGCGAAUCGAAGAGCUGACUCGGUGCAUCUACGAGAUCGACCCGUACUUCGCCAUGCCGACGGGUGACGAGGACCCGGCCGCCACUCUGGCCAUGCUCGUGUGUAGCGCCGACAGCGCGCGCGCCAACCGCCGACCACGCUCACCCGAGCGGCGGUCGCGCGCGCUCGCCCCACCCACCGUGCCCGCCUGGCUGCCGGGCGGCACCACCUACGCCGAGAUAGUGAAAGGUCACGGCUCGCGCUCCGCCUCACCAGCUGACCGCCCUGCGAGCACUCAACGGCUCCCCACGCGCAGAAUGCGAUAUGAGCCUAUAGAAACGCGAGAGCGUUCCCGGUCAGGAGACGCGAGUUCCGAUGACAAGAAUCAGAGUGAAAUUAUCAGUCCGGUGCAACCUCGCUCUCUUACCGAUUACCCGGUCGAGUCUUGUGAGCCGAAAGGCAUCAGUGAGAUCGUGUGCGAAAUAAGUGAGUGCGAUUUGAUCGCCAGUGAUGCAAAUGAUGUAUAUGUCACCGAAACGAGUGAAUUGCACGACUAUUACUCUGGGCAGCCUGAAAAAUAUGAAGAUAGUGAAAUGAAACUAAUAUCACAGGAAUCUCCUCAGACCGAAUCAAGCUCAAUAGAGAUAUCGGCCAAGGAAUGUAAAGCACAUGAUUUGUCCUAUGCGGAAAUUCUAGCCCUAGGAUUACGCAAACAAGUAAAGACGCAAAGUAUAGUCUCCCUGGCAAAACCACAAGUUGCACAAGUCGAAAUGGUAAAAGAAAUUGUCGUUGAAGUGGAAAAAUGUCCACCUGUUUCUUAUGAACCAAAAGUUCAGACAAAGGAUUCGUUGAAAACAAAAAUUGAUAGGCCAGAGAGACCAUCUCAACGAAGUCGAUCUAGAGAUAUGCCUAGGCAACGUAGAGCUCCCGAAAAACGUCCUACAAAGGCUCAUGACGUGCAAAUGUUAAAAAAGAAGAAAUUGUCGAAAAAAGUAAUAGAAGUUCAAGACUUUGAUGAUACUGCAGAUGUUGUGGAAAUAGAUAAACCUUCUACUGAACUACAAUUUUCGAAAAUUUCGGAAGAAAUUAUAUAUAAAAAGUUUGAAGAUAAGUCCCAUCAGACUAUAAAAGAUUGUGUAAAAGAAACUGACGAUACAAAUGUAGAACAUUUAACAGCACACACAGACAAUGUACAAGAAACCGAACAAAAGAGAACUAAAAAGAAACAAAAACCAAAAAAAACAAAAAGUGCAGAAGAUGAGAUCGAAAAAGCACUUAAAGAAAUUGAAGAAUCGGAUAAACAUAAAAAGAAAAGAGUCAAAGACUUACGAGACAAGAGCAAAGAUGCCAUGGAUAAUAAAGAUAUAUCAUAUACUUCUACACCGCAUGAAUUAAAAGUGGAGCCUAAAGAAACUGAUAUAUCUAAUAAAAAUAAGAAAAAGAAAACUCAGAAAAGUUUGCAAGAAAAGUUGAAGAAACACUUACUAUCUGAAACUGAAACAGUUGAAAGUGAAGAUAAAUCUCUUAAACAUACUGAACAGAAAAUCUUGCAAGAUUGUGAAAAAGAUUUUACCGCAGAUGUUAUUUCUGAAAUAUUAAAAUCUUCACAUAUGUCUGAAAACCUAUUAGAAAAAGUUAAAACUUCGGAUGCUUCUAAGAUAGACGACUUAAAAUCUGACGAUAUUAAUAAAGAAAACUUACUUCUUAACACCUCAGUCGAUAUAACCGUCUCAGAAUAUAAAUCUAAACAUGAUGAUUUAAUAAAAACAGACGAUAAACAAUCAACAUCACAAACUGAUUUUGAUGUUGUUCCUUCAAAGACUUCUGAAAAAGUAUCUUUAUGUGAAGAAGAAAAUGAUACAUCUAAUAUUGAAAUUGAAACAAUAAAACAAAAAAAGAAAAAGAAAAAUAAAAAGAAUGAUGCUUCAUUACGAGAAAAUAUAACUGAAGAAAUGAAAACUUUUUCUCAAAUCGGAGACGUUCACAAAACAAUUAAUGUUAUUGAAAAGCAAUUAAGCGAAACUGAUAAUUUAACUGUGGUUGAUAGUUUUAUCGCAGCUGUAGAAGAAAAACAACUAAGUGAUGUUGUUCCUACAGCAGAAAAUUUAGUUGAGUCUAAGAGGAAACCAAAGUCAAAAAAAGUAAAUAAACAAUCAGAACCAGAAGUAUCUAUGGUAGAAACGGAAAAGGAAUCUGAAACAUUGAUUAUGGACGAGCAAUCCUGCAAAGAUACUAAAUCUAACAAAAAGAAAUCUAAGAGCAAGAAAAUCAAGUCUGCGGUUGAUGAUGAAAUAGAUGCAGCUCUAAAAGAAAUUGAGCAAAAAGAUAAAUCUAAAAAAGAAAAAGGACAUAGAUCUAAAGAAAUAAAAAAUGACCCCGCUCUAGUUCAGCAGCUUAAAAAGACUGGCGCUGAGACUAUGAAUACGUCAGAUUUUACACAGCAAGUGGAAGGUAAUAACUCUAACCUUGUUACCAAGAAUGUACCAGACGCUGUAAAAAGCAGCAUUAUAACGAUGGAUUGGAAUACAUUAAUGGCAGAAGAAGACAAAAUCACAGAAUCUGCUAUUGAACCAAUAAAUGAACCUGAUCAAGAGUGCAAAAUCUCAAGCAGAUCCGUAACACACGUUGCGUCUGAAGUAACUAUUUUACAAGAAAUAUCAAAUCCUCUUAAAGAUAAAAAUGAUAAACUCGAAGAUCGUGUGUCUUCUGAUAUAACUGUACAACCAGACGAAGAUAAAGGCUUAGGCAAAGCAAACGAAUCGUUGGCAGGAAAUAUUGAAACUAUAGCUACAUCUAUUAGUGAACAAAAUAAUAAUGAUAAAUUCUUUUCAACUGACGCACAGAAAGAGCGUUCAGUAAAUGUUGUUGAAGAAAUAACUCUAUAUAAACCAGUUGAUCAAGAACUAGAAACACGUAAAAUUUAUCUUAUUACUCACGAAGAGAAAAGGCUACCUCCUAUUAGAACUGUUAAAGUGUUCAAUAGCAAAUGUAAUUCCUUAGAAGAAACAUCUUUGGAAGAAAACAAGGAUGCAAAUACACUAACAUGUCUCAGCGCAGAUGAAAAUAAAUCGAUUGAUAAAACAUGCAACUUUAAUAAAGAUGAAAUUGAAUCAACGUCAAAAGCUAAAAAUAUAGAAUCGGUUAGUCAUUCACUGACUGAUAAAAUAAUUGUAAAAGAACAAAGUUUUAACAAAUCAGUCAAAGAAAUGCAUGACGUGGAUAAUUUGGUAAAACAUGACUAUAAAUCAGAAGAUGUUACUUCAAAAAGUGUUUCAUUGAACCUUCAGGAAGAUGUUAGAAGUUCAGGAUUAAUGGAAAAUAUUAAAACUCAUACAACUGAUGAGGUAAACCAAACAAAAAUGAUGUAUGACAAUGUUGAAGAAGAUGGAUCACAAGACAUUGUCGAACAAAUCAUAUUUGGAUCCGUACAAGAACGCAAAAGGCUUGUUGAAAAUACUAAAGUAACCCCUUUUAUUGAAUUGUAUGCAGAAAUUAAGCCUUAUGCAGUUGGUCUUGACUAUCAACUUUUAGAGUACAAUUACUAUGAAUUUGUUUUAAAUGAAAAAAAUAAACAGAAGUUAGAGCUUAAAGAGUUGCAAACGACAAGCUCGGAAAAUGAAAUGUCACGAUCACAAUUAUUACACCAUGAACAGCCUAGCGAGCUGUCUGCUUUAAGUAUAGAUGUUAACGAUGACGUUGAAAGUACUUUAUAUAUUCCGUCCCAACAAAAUAAUAUGUCAUGCUCGAACUACAAAGAAUUACAGAAUUCAGAACAUCAAUAUGCACUUUUGCUAACUGAUAAUUCUUCAGUAAAAUCUCUUGAACAAUCCAAUAAUUCAGGAAUUUCGCACGAAAAAAGUGAUGAAAUUGACACACUAAAAGAAAAUACAAGAGUUAUUAACAUGAUAUCCGAACAACUAAGAUACAACUAUCAAGAAAUUACUGAUGGUGAAAAUUUAUUAGGAAAAAUUAAAUCAAAAGAAAUGCGUAAUAUUAACGAAACAGUAGAAGGAGCAGAACUUGAUAUACAUGAAAAAGAAACAGAAAAAGUAGAAGCUGUUGUAUUUGUUAGUAAUGUUGUUGCUCAUGAACGUAACGAUGAUGUUAUAAGUAAUUUACAAAAUGACGAUGCUAUAACAAAACUUACAUGUCAGGUAUUUGAACCACUGCAUCAAAACUACCAAAAUAUUGCUGAUGCGGAAAAUUUACUUGGCUUAACAAAGGCACAUGGAAUUGUUCAAAAUGCAGACAUAAAACUCCCUGGAAACGAAAUGACAAGAAAUUAUGUUCCUGUCGAGGAACCACGACAGAGUUACCAAGAAAUUGCUGACGCAGAAAAUAUUUUUGGAAUAAUAAAAUCUCGCGAACAAAGUCCAGUUGCUACAAAUGAACCAGUAAAAAAUUUAAAUAAUAAUGUUAACGAAUUAUUACCUAAUCUAAGCCAUCAACACGAAAUUCCAAGACAUAAUUAUCAAGAACUAGUAGACGCAGAACGAUUAUUAGUGACUACCCAGAUUAAAAAAUUACACGACACAACCGAAAAAGAUGACUUAAAACAGGAUUUAGAACAGUCUAUAGUUACAAGUGAUAAGCCUUUGCCUGAGUACAAAAUUUGUGAAACUACAAAGCCCAUAUCUUUAUCAACGGAAAAAUAUUUCACAGUGGACACAGCUGUUUUCAACUACCACGAAUUAAAGGAUGCUGAGAUGUUAUUAGCAACAAGUACUGAAACUACUGUAGAUCCGGAAAUUAAAUCAUCCGAAUUAAAUGUAUAUCCUUAUGGAAUACAGGAUCAAGAAUGCACUAAAGUAGUGGAAGAUAAGGAACUAGUUCUGUCUAAAAGCAAAUCGUCUAAUAUAUAUCAAAAAACUUUGUCUCAAGAAAAAGAAGACAGUAAUGUCGAGGAAGUUUCAAGAAUAUGUGUAGAUGAUUCUGCAACUAUUGCAGCUAGUAAAGAAAUACCAAAAAAUAAUGAAGGAAUUGUAAACGAAGAUACAGUUUUUGAACAGAUAAUUCAAGAAAAGGUUAUAGCAGAAAAAACAGACAUCGAAAAUAUUAUAGAUGUCGUUUCCCAUGAUAGUCCUAAAACACCAGAAGAAAUUACGGAUUCACUUGUGCCCAUGGUUUAUGGUGUUAAGACUAAUAUAGAAGAGACAUUACAAGUAAAGGAGACACCAAUAACUACUAUUGAUACAGUAUUGGCCAUUGAUGAUGAUGAUAAUGAUGAUGACGAAUUUGUUUUGGUAGAUAUGGUAGGAGACAAACCACAAUCUUGCUUGUUGAUUUCUGAUAAAAAAAUAGAUUUUGAAAAAGGAAAUUCUUCAGAAUUAGUUGAGGACGCUAUUAAAUUGAUCGAUGAAACAAUUGAAGACGUUACAAUAUUAACUAGUACUCUUGAUAAUGUGGUUCAGGAGAGUCCAAUAUCUGAUAAUAAUGCCGCUUUUGAAAUAUUUGAGGACAAAAAAUUAAGUUCAGUUGAGACUUUAAAGAAUCUUGAAACAGCAGUUGAUAUUGAAGCUGAUUAUGAAAUAGUUCCAGAAGCUAGCACAGUGCAACAAGAAGAACAAUUUUCGCAAAUAUUUACUGAUAUGAAAAAACACUCUGAGCCUGACUCUAUCUCGGCUGCAUUCAUUGAAGUCGAAAAAAGUAGUGCUUUACCCGUAUCUAAAUGUUUUACUUCUCAAUCUGACGAUACGCAAUACCCACCUUAUGAUAUAAAAAGUACGGAUUCUAAUAUUAAAAUAAAAUCUGCAUUAGAGCCUAAUACUAAAACAACAAGCGAUGAUUCUACUAAAAAUGAUACUAAUGUUACGGAAACCUUGAUUCGUUCUGAAAAAUCUCCUAUUCACAGUUUGCAUGAUCUACUUCCUGAAAUUGAUUCCAUUCCUGAAUUUAAACCCUCCUACUCGAACACUGUUCUGUACUCAAAUUUAUCAGCUGAUGCACCGGAAUUCACCCCUUCUUAUAUGUAUCAAUCCACUGAUGCGACUGUAUCUAAAAAUAAAUCACCUGAUACCAGUGAACAAGAUAAUAAUUCCAAACAACCAGAACAAGGAAAUAAAUCUACAGAAUCAAUACUUUUACGUUCAGAAGAUACUGUGGUGUCUGCUAGUAUUAUGUAUUCAUCAGUUUUAGCCAAAACUCCAAAAGAUCUAAAGGAAUCCAAUAUGCUUGAAAAAGAAAAUUUACAAGGCAUAAUCAAGGAUGAAACUAUAGUUCUUCGAGAAGAACAUAUUGAAACAAAAUCAAAACGAAGUAAGAAAAAGAAAAAGGAAGAUAAAAAGAAUUUCCCUAGAGCACAAAGCACUGAGAAAGAUCAACAGCAGACCCCUAGUGAGAUAGCACCUACUUUGGAGCCAGUCAAUGUUUGGGCUAAAGCUGCAGAAGAGGGUAAAUCGUAUGCAGAAGUUGUAGCUGAAGGUAUAAUAAUAUUAGAACAAAAAGAACCAGAAAUAAUUCAACCUGCAUUUGAAGAACCUAUUCAAUCUAUUAUAAAAUCAAAUGAAAGUAAUGUUAUGGAAGUAGACGAAGAAACCUUAAAAAAUAAUGAUGAAAAUCUUAGUUCCUGGGCUAAAAUAGUAGCAAGUAGUGGACCAUCACCUGAUAGAACACCGAAACCAGAAAAUAAACAACAAAAAAUAAUUCAAACACAUGAAUAUAAAGCACCGGUUAUAUUAGUUGACGAGUCUGAUACCGAUUUACAUACAUCGGAUUUACAAGUGGAUGCAGAGGGGUUCAUUAAAGUGGAUAGAAAUAGAAGAUCAAGAUCAAGAUCCAGGGAGUGUCGUUCAACGUCAGUUUCAAGAGUGCCUACACAAAAAACAAUAGCUCGCGAUAAGUCUGAAAAUAGAUUUGAUGCACUGACAAGUACUUUAAAGCCGGAAGAUGAAAACAUUCAGAGUAGUUUGUCAGAUGAUGAAAAAGAAUCUUUAGCAAAAGAAAGAAAAAGUCGUCCAGCAAAAGCUAAAGAAGAAAAAGUCAAUCCUCCGUCAAAAAUGUCUUUAAGCACAUCAGAUGAAGAAAAACCGUCAAUAAAAAAAGAUAUUAAGAAACGAUCACCAAAAUCGAGAGAAAAAUCAAAUAAGUCAAUAGAAAAUAUGGAUAUUCAAUUAGAAGAUAAUGUAGAAGAAUCUCAGACUUUAAAAGAAUCUCCCGAAAAACAUAAGAAAAGUAAGAAAAAGAAGAAGGACAGGAAACCAGAAAACAAAUCAUCUUCUACUGACAUAACAGUUAUAUCAUCUUCUACAGAAAAGAGUUCAACAGAACAUGAUCAGAAAGAUCAAUGCCAUAGAGUUGUAAAAACUCCAGUAUCGACGCCUGAAUCUCAGCAAACACCUAUCAAAGAUAGAUUUUAUUCAGAAGCUCAGUUUUGGAAAGUUGGUCCAAGUGAGUUAGAGUUAAGCAAUUUAGAUGAGAGUUUAACAAUUGAAGUUACUGACGGCAAUUUCGAAGAGGCGCAAUUCACUCUUAGUGAAAAUUCUUCUAAAAAUAUUCGUAAUGAUGAUGAUCUUAUUUUUAAAGAUACUGAGGUUUCUAAUAAGAAUAUUGAUCCAAAGGAAAAUAACUCCAAAGAGAGAGGAGACUUUGAAAUUCAAACACCUAUCGCAGAAGAAAAUAUUUCUGAUGAGCAAUCGCUUGAAAGUAAAAUAGCAGACAUACAGCGAGAAAUCGAAGAAAUGUUAUUGCCAGAAAAUGAUAACUCCGUUACGAGUGAUGAAAUUCCUAUAGAAUUAUUGGAAGCGAACCCACUUUCUGAAGAUUUACAUGAUGAAAUACUCGAUAAUAUGAGUCCUCUUUUAGCUUCUUCCGAGUCAGACGAUUUGUUAACGCAGCCAAAAUCAACAAAGAUUGACGAUCGCGCUUAUUCAUUUAAUGAUCAGCAUGUUAGUGUCAGCAUGAUCGAUGCAGUAUUGGGUGAUUCCGAUUCAGUUAAAACAUUGUCAGAAGAAAAUCAGGAAGAUAUUACACGACAACACCAAUUUAAUAAAAAUACUCUCAAUGUUGAAGAACAAGAAGCUCAGUUGUGUAUAGAGCCGGAAAUCACAAAAACCGAAAUAUUUGACAUAGUAACAACAGAUAUAUGUACUCCAACUUUAACUGACACCGACACAUUAUCUACUAACAAUGUAUCCAAUUUCAUCACUAACAACUUAUCACAUCUAAAAUCAGAUGAAUUGUUGUGUAAUAAAUUCGCGAUAGAUGACGCUGAAAAACUUCUCGCUGAACAAAACACAAAGCUUAAUUUAGACGAUAAUUUGGUUUCCAAAAAUAAAUGUUCUAACUUAGAAUCAAAUCUUAAAAACGAUAACUCAUUUUGGCCUGAGAAAUAUAUUUAUCACGAUGCUGAAUGUCAGUACUUUAUUUCAAUAUCAAAUAAAAAUAAGAAGUCUAAUAAUUCUCCGAGUGAUAUAUCAAUAAAUGAUCAAAAUGAUAAAGAUCGUGAUCCUAAUGGUAGGUCUGGUCAUUCUUCUGAUACAGAAGAAAAGGAUUCGCGUCAGUCUAGUUUGCCUUACGAUUCUAACUAUAUUUCAAUGGACCUUCCGGGAGGAAUAUGUAGUUGGAAAGAUCACAGUUCUUAUUUGAGCAUAGAAACGCCUACUGAUUCUUUGUUGAAUCCGUCAAACGAGAACACCACUCAAAUAGAUGUCGACAUACCAGAGGAUACACUAACAGCCCUUUCCCUCGAGACCGUUACCCCACCCACACCCACACAGGAGGAGCCCAAAGAAGAAAGAAUCCGGAAGGCAGCCAAGGAUGACUUAUCUAACGAUAUUGAAACGCUGCUCGAGGAAGUCAAAAUUGUGCAAGCGAAUCUAUCUGAUCUUCCGGACGAAAGCCUUGACGCUAUGGAGGAAGGACUUCGGGAGGGCAUAACUAUUCUAGUCAAGUGUGAGGAGGCUGCCAAUCUCUUGGAGCAGAAGAUUAUGGAAUUCUGCCACGAAUCCGAGGUUCAAACGCUUCUAAAAGAGAUCGCAAUGAUUAAGACGCGAAUCACAAGAUUGCUACUGCAAGCCCGGCAAGGAUUGACCACGAUUCAUGUAAGCAAGGAUGCGAAGGGCGAAUUGUUACGUCAAACUAAAGAAAUGGAAGAACAAAAACAAAAAAUAGCCAAACUUGAUCAUUGGCUUGAAGAAAUUAAUAAUGAGCUUAAAGAAUCCACAAAUCAGUUAAACGUAUGUACUGAAAAUGAUAUUAUUAGGUAUAUUGAAGUAUAUCAAAGGUAUAUUAAGGAAUAUGAGGAGUACGAAGUCUUAAUUAAUUCUAUUAUUGAGGUAAUUCGUGAAGAUUCUAGUCAAUUGAAACAAAAUUUACAUACAACUAUAAAAACAUUAGAAGAAACCAAAAGUCUAGUCAUUUUAGAAAUAUUGAGAUUGAGACAUAUGUUAAAACAAAUGAGGAAUGCACCUUCCUGUCUGGACGAUGAUCUAUCACAAACAGAUAGAACUAUUGAUUCGACUUCAAUGCCGGAAGAAAUUGUAUCUCCGCGUGAAUGUGAUAACCCAGAAUUGAAAAUGAAUGAAUCAGCAGUGGAAAAAUUAGAAAGUGAUGUUGUUUCUAUAGCUAAAAGUGAACUUACUCCAGGACCAAGUAAAACAAACCAAAAAACGCAAAUUGAAGAAUUUAAAAUUCGUACAGAAGAACAAGUUAAGCCUUGUACUACUACUGAAACGCAAACUGGUAAGAGUCUUAUGUCUGAGGCUCCUUCUGUUAUUGACAGAUCUGUGAUAUGUAAACCAGAGGAAAAAAUAUUGCGCGACGUAUCUGUGACUUGUGCUCCACCGCAAGAAGUAGAAGUACAAACAAGUGAAAUAAAGUCUUCGGAUAAAGAAAUUCUUGAAAAUAUACAAGUAAAACAGACAAUUUCUGAAGGCCAUGAAACAAUUGAAAUUGCUAGUCGACCAGUAAGGAGAGACCAAAAGAUUGACGAACAGUCAUUACUUAUAGAUGCUCAAUAUAAUGAUGAUAAUAUGUAUAAAGAUUCUAAGCUUAAUAUUACACACAGCUUACCUCAAUCAUUCGAAACUGUUAUGGUUGAACCAGAUGAAACAACGACUGAGGUUGUUGUUGAUGCUGAUGGUACCAAAAGAAUAAUAGUUAGGAAAGUAAGGAAAACUUUAGUAACACGACAGCAAAUAAUUCAACCUCAGCAAACUAUAUCCAGUGAUACUAUCCCUCAAGAUCAAUCAUUCUCGCAGUUGAUACUUAAAGAAGAUACAGGUUCAAGCUCAAGAUUGUUAGAAGAUGGUAGCAAUAGAUAUAUUCAGUAUCAAACUUAUGAUGGCAAAGUUAUAUCUGGACUCCCUGGCAGUGAAGUUACUAUACAAGAGUUUACAUCACACCCUGAUAUGAUUAUUAAAAUGGAACAGGGGAUGAAACCUGAAGAAAUACUACAAUUAGCUGAAGGUGAAACUCCAUGUCAUAUCCAAACGUCUGCAUCUAGUGUUACAGCAGUCGUUCAACAAGUUACAAAGCGGAUUAUAAAAACUAAGCGUCGCAUUAUUCGUCGUGUUGUUAUAAUCGAUGGCAAAGAACAUGUCACUGAAGAGGUGAUAGAGGAACCUGAUAAUGUGGAAGUAUUUGAAGAACAAAUUCCAAGAGUAUCUAUUAACGUAAGAGAUGGCAUAACGGCUGAAGACGACACAGAUAACCAAAACAAACCAUCCUAUCCUCCUAGUAGUCGAAAAGGGGAUAAUGACCAUGACCUGGAUAAAGAUACUAAAAAAGAUAAUGAACAAAAAUUCGAAGACCUGAAAGAUAAAUAUCAAACACAACCUAAAGAGUUAAAUAUAUCGCAUAACAUACCAAAUUUACAGACUUUAACAAAAGAUUUUUUACAAAAAGAAAGUGAUGACAGAAAUGCAACACUAACAAAUGUUAUAGCUUUAGAAAAAAAUGAUAAUUUAACAGGAGGUGAAAUGUCUUUCAUUUCCAGUGAUAUGCAUUCUAUGCUAGAAAUGAGCUCUGCAAAUAUUGCUACAGUUGUACAAAAAGUAACAAAAAAGGUAAUAAGAAUAAGAAAGCGCAUUAUAAAACACAUACAAAUUAUUGACGGUAAAGAACAUGUGACUGAAGAAGUUAUUGAAGAACCCGAGGAAGUCGAAAUCACUGAUGACGAACCAAAAGUAUCACAAAUCUUCCAAAAACAAGGUGAAACACAGACAAAACGUAUUAAAAUCAUACGACAAGUUCAUGUUAUCGACGGAAAGGAACACGUUACGGAACAAGUUGUAGAAGACCCCGAUGAUUUUGAGAUUUUCUCUGAAUCAAAUAAGACUCCAAGUUAUAAUUUGAACAUUACUGAGAUCGUAGAUCCGGUAAGUUCUAUUACUACUACUGAUGUCACUAAGCAUGUAGAAACUCAAGAUCAAAGUAUUGUAAAAACUGAAGAUUUAAUUGAAAGUGAAGUUGACCACACAAAGUUAGUGCAAACUUCGGAUAAAAUCGAUGAAAAUAAAAUAACAAUAGAGUCAAAGCAAAUUGUUGAAGACCCCGAUGAUAUUGAUGAGCGUAACAUGAAACAAAUUAAUAUUAGUCACAAAUUACAUAUAACGGAGCUAGAUGAGCAGGAAAUUCCAAAAACUAGCAGAGAUAUUGAAAAACAAGAUAAAAAUAAUAAAGAUGUAGCUAAAGAUUGGAUAGAAAAUGAAAUGAAGCAAUCAAUAUUAUUAGACCCAGGAAACGUUUUAGAAAAGCAAAAGAAUGUAGAAUCUAAGCAACAAAUUUCAGUGGUACCGACAGAAAUGAGUAAAACAAAUACUUUAGAUCAAAUACACAUGCACACAACGUUGACUAGAACAAGAAAACGCAUUAUAAAACACAUUCAUAUUAUUGACGGUAAAGAACAUGUGACAGAAGAAGUAAUUGAAGAACCAGAUGAUAUAGAAAUAAUAGAAGGAACUCCAAUUGUAUCACAUAUUGUUCAAGAAGGAGGUACUAAAACAAAACGGAUUAAAAUUAUACGUCAAAUCCAAGUCAUUGAUGGCAAAGAAAAUGUUGUAGAGCGGAUAAUAGAAGAUCCAGAUGAUGAAUACAUAGCCGAAUCUACUGUAACUGCUUCUGUAGAUGUCCAAAUGAGUAAACCAGAUGUCACACAACUUAAAGAGAAGGUAAUUUCGAAUGAACAAACAACUAUGAUUCCUGAGAAUGAAAAUAUUGGUUCUGUUGUUGAUAUUACAAAAGAUUUUCUCAGAAGUGAAUCACCUCGUAAUGAAGAAUUGCAAAAGUCUUAUGAAAAAAUAGAGAAAGAAAUCUCAACGGAAAAACCGCUUCCAAUUGAAUUAAAUACUAACAUUUCACUUCCCGGACAAAGUGAGGAAAACAAAAACACGAAUAAUACUAAGGAAAUAAUAACAUAUACAUCAAAGUUAAUAAAAGAAACUACAGAUAAACCUCAUCUUUUAGAAACUUCGGAAAAUAUAAUAUCUAAUAUUGGAGCACUUGUAGAAAAUGAGCCACCUAUUGACAUUUCGAGAAAAUUAAUUGAAAGCGAAUCUAAUCACUCAACCAUAUUAAGUCUUCCACAUGAAACGAAAACUGAUAAGGUUGAACAGAAACUGGAUUUAUACGAGACAGCUAAUUCAAAUAUAAAAGAUUUUGAGUCUGUUGAGAACUUAACAGGUGAUACUGAAAAUGAUAUUACCCGUUUAUCAAUAAGGAAAAAGCCAAGUGUAGACGUAGGUGAAAUUACUCUAAUGAAAUCUCAAGAACCAGUGAUAGAUAUAGAGCUGGACACUACAGAAAAGAGUAAAAUUGUUCAUGAAACUGAAACUAUCGAUGUUCAAGAACCAAUACAAAUUGGUGCUCAGGAUCACACCAAACAGGUGUUAGCAGACUUGGAAGAACAUCAUCCUAACACAUUAAAUAUUACAAAAUCUGAAGACAAAGCCCAAGCGAUUCCAGAAAAUAUCGUUUCAUUUCCUAUAGCGAUUGAACAGCAAAAGGAUGAUAAAUCUUUAAUUGUUGAGACCGAAAAUUUUGAGCAUGUGCCGACUUUAGAACAUGAACAUCUUGUUACAAUUGAUCAAUCAGAUAAAUUUCUUAAAUCAAAACAAGUUGAUUAUGACCAAAGUCAAAAGGAUAUUAGCCUGGAAGACAAGAUAAAUAUAGAUAUUACAGACAAAAAUUAUCUUACUACGAAAGAUUUAAUAUUAGACGAUAAAAGCUCACGUGAUAGUCCAAAAGAUCAAUCUCUUCUUGAAAGUACUAGCAGAUUUAUUGAAAUGGAAGCUGAACAUUCUCACAAUUUGCUAACAGAGGGUGUAAACAGUUCAAAACCUUUAGAGGCUACAGAAAAUAUGACUUUAGAAACAUAUUUACUAGAAGAAGAACAAAAGACCCUAGAAAAAAAACAGGAUAGUGUAAAUGCCGACAAAACUUUUGAUCACCAUAAACCACUUGAAGUAAAGAAGAAUGCUGAACAAAAUACUGUAUUGGAGGAAAACUCUUCACGAGAAGGACAAACACUUAUACCAGGGCAGGAAGAAAUAUCACAAGAUGUAAUAAAAACAACUACUAGGACCCGUAUCAUAAGACAUGUACGAAUCAUUGAUGGUAAAGAACAUGUAACGGAAGAAGUAGUAGAAGAACCAGAUGAAGUAGAAAUUCUUGAAGGAAAUUCAAAAUUAACUAUUCAAGAGGAAGGUAUUCAAACAAAACAGAUUAAGAUUAUACGCCAAGUAAAUAUUAUUGAUGGAAAAAAACAUGUUACUGAAAAAAUUAUUGAAAACUCAGACAACGAAUAUAUACCAGAGACAACUAUUAUAGCUGAUAUUGACUUAAAGCUAACUGAUUCAAAUAUAACUAAUGAUAAACCAGAAAAACAAACUCCAGAAAUUUCUGAAGGUAGAGAAUUUGCUCAAGAUAUAUCUAAAGCACUGGCAAGUGAUUUUACAGACACCAUAAAAAAAGAAAGUACAGAUAUUGAAGCUGAAAUUUCCACUAUUAAGCUAGAUACUAAAAAUGUUACUGAGCAAAAAGAUCUUGAUAAGGAACAGGAAGAGUUUUCUAAACAUCCUAGUAAAUUAGCUAUUACAUCUGAAGAAAAUCCAUUGAACAAUAAAAAUAUAACAGCUGAAUUUUUGUCUGAGGAAACAAAGAAAAAUAAGGAAAUUUUAAAAGAAAGUAACAUUGACAAAUCGGUGGAUGACAUCUUUAUUCAAGAAAAAGCAUUAAAAAAACAAUUAAAUGACCCAGUAAGCACUUCGCAAAUAUCCGAAGUGAAUGUUUCUUUAUUAUGUGAUACUCAAACUGAAAAAUCAAAGAAACCCCUGAGACCUCAAAGUCAAACAUCGGUAGAUUUAGAGCCUGCAGAAAGAGGAACUGUAAUUAGCGAAUUUGUAAUAAAUGCUGAAAGUAAGGAACCAGAAAUAUCCUAUAUACAAACAUUUCAAUCACCUUCACAAGAAUCUCCUGAAGUUUUAGAAAAAGGUAUACUAAGUCAUCCAGUGUCCAUAGAAAAUAUUGGGCCAUGGGAAUAUACACAUUCUGUUGAUAUUGUUUCUGCGCCCACUAAAUUAAAUACAAAACACGAUAUUGUUGCUUUUAUUGAAUCAGAACGUAUGAAUGCAGAUACAAGUGUUGUUCAAUGUGUAGACUCAUUCAAAAGUGAAAAACAGAAAGGCGAUUUCCCUGAUAAAUCAUUGCAAGCUUGCGAAUUGAAGAGAGACUUGGAAAAAACUGAAAGUGAAUGUAAUCCAUCUCAAACAGUCGACAUGAUAAUGUCUCUUUCAAAAAUAGACAAAGACAAAAAAUACGAACCUAAAAUUGAAGUAAAUAUUAAAAUAGAAGAAUUUGAAACAUGCACACCAUCAAUAGUUAAAAAAGAUAUCAAGGCUGAUUUGCCAACUGAAAUUACUAUUAUUAAUGAACAACUCAAAAAAGAUGUAUGUAAUUUAACUAAGGAAAAUGUACCAGAAUCUCAGUUAAUACCGGAAAAAUCAAAUAGAGAUGAUCAGCAAACGUUACCUGACCUUAACGAUCCGUGCAAUGAUUCUAUUCAUACCGAAUCUUAUAUUGAAUCAGAUAAAAGUAUAGAAGGUACAGAAAGUUCAUCAUUGAGCCAUUACAUUAAAUUACCAACUCCGCCAAAGAAUGAAUCGCCAAAACCAUCCCCAAGCUUAUUGGAAGUAGAAGUAGUUCCAAAGGAUGUCAGUGAUGAACCCUUAUCCGCAUCUACAGAUGUCGAAAUAAUUACUGAAAAAGGAUAUGAACCCGAAGAUUUAUCUUUACACCAAGAACCAGCAAUAGAAAAGAAAAAGAAGCAUAAGAAGCGAAAGUCUCACGCGAUUAGUGAAGAAACUGAUUAUCCAAAACAAACUACCACUGAAGGAGACACUGAAAUUUCAACCCCAGUGGAAAUGGAAGAGCCUAUUUGUCACAGGAAAAUAAAGUCCAAGAAAAGUAAGAAAAAGACUCCCGUUACUGACAAGAUUCUGGAAGAUCUAACAUUAACAGCAUCAAAACCGGAGAGCCCAAAGGUUGGGGAUGAAAUUGCCACCUCAUCACCUCAAGAGGAAUCAUAUCAUACUAUAAGUGAGACUUCCGAUAUAAAUACUGUAAAAAUAGUCGAGGAAUGUAUUGGUAGCAGUCCAGAAAUAAUUCAAAAAGAAGUGACUACCACUGUGACUUACCCAGUACCUAUUGUUGAAGAAAUUGCUAUUAGCGAAUAUUCAGUUCAAACCUCACCCGAAGUAAUGGAAGUUGAAAAUGAUGACAUUAAAGAAAUUGCCAAGACAGAGAUGAUUGACUCUGAAUUGCAAACUUCUCCCACUCCUGUCAAAGAAAUAUUAACUCAGACUUCACCUGUUGAAGAUAUUGAAGCCCACACUCAAACUUUGGACGAUAUAAAAAUUAUUGAUAAAGUAGAUUUGUUAGAUUCACAAAUUCAGACAAGUCGGACGGAAUCACCGGAAGAAAUUAUGAAAACUGAGGUCACCACCCAAGUCAUCUCAAGAGAUAUAGUUUCUCCUGAUGACAAAUUUUCACAAACAUCCUCGCCAGUAAACGAUGUUGAUAAAGUAGUUGAAAGAGAUUGUCGAGGCAUUCAAACCUCACCCCUACCUCAAGUACAUAGGGAUGAAAAGAGCACUGAAAUAAUAAUUGAAACAACAGAAACCGAUAUACAAACUGUAAAGCAAGAUGUUGUAGAUCAAGAAACAUCAACAUCCCCUACCAAAAUUAUGGAAUUAAUAGAGAUGAGUAUUCAAACCCCUGAAAUUCCACUUGUUGAUACCUUUACGCAGUCAGAUUUAUCAAUUGGAGAUAUAGAAUCUUAUAAACAAGAAAGUUCAAGCUUGCCUACAACAGAUGUUACCAGUCAAAUAUCAACAAUUGAUAGAACUCAACAAACAACUCCUAGAAAUGAUGACGCUGAAAUAAAAUCUAAAACUGAUAUAACGAGAAAAGAACAUACCAUGAUUGAUAACGUCCAACAAACUACACCUAGAAUUGAAAGUAAUAUUACACCUACUUCGCAAUUAGAUUUAAUUAAAAAAGAAAUAGUCACUGUCGAUGAUGCUCAGCAAACUACGCCUAGAGAUUAUAAAGAGGAAGAUAGAUUAUUAUCGCCAGUAGAGUACAGCAAUAAAAAUGAAAUUACAACCAUCGAUAGCAUUCAACAAACAUCUCCACGAGAUUAUUCGGAGGAUUCGAUAUCAACAUCUACCGACGAACCUUAUGAAAUCCAUUUGCGAGCUCAAAUCUCUAUUCCACGAUCCACACAUGACUUUAUUGAAAAUGAACGACAAACAGAGCAAAUUUCCCAACCUAUAAAAGACACUCAUAAGCAGAAGAAAAGAAAACCCAAGAAAAAGGCAGAUUCGCCAUUACAAUCACCGAGUAGCUUAUCAGAUCCUAUCAAUGCUGAAUUAUCAUUUUCAGUUACGCCAACAAGUGAAGAUUUAUCUAGUAAAGAAACCUCUUCAAUAGACGAAGGUAUUUCACAACUAGCUAGUCCUGUUCAACCAAAUCAGCAAGAAAUUUAUAUAACUGCGCAAAAACCUACUUAUUCGGAUGUAGUUCAAAGGUCUAAAUCAAAAUCGCCAUCUCCAAGUAAAACAAUAUUUAGACCAAAAGUUGGCAAAGCAAGAUUGAUUAAUACUCUAGAAAAAAGAACACAGUACCUUAGCGAACCUCAAAAAUUAUCAGAAAAUGCAUUAACUGUCGCACUUAUUGAGCCUUCUGUAGAGAAAUCGUAUGAUUUAGUUGUUAACAAAGAAUUAGAAGAAAUAAAAACUGCUAUAAAAAACAACGAUCCAACCAAAAUUGAAAAGAGUAUUAUUGUUGUGAUUGAAACGAUAUCUAUUUGGCUAGAGGAGAUUCAAUAUAAAAUUCAAAGACAAGUUAUUGAAGGAGAUAAACCAAGUAAUGAAUCUGAACGUGUAAAAGCAUUAGAAAAUUAUGUUCAAGGUCUGAGAGAAAUAGUAUAUGUAACGGAAGUAAAUGAAGAAAUUAUUACUUUAAUUGAGACUAUCACGCGUCAAAUACAAACAAUUGGUUAUUAUAGAAGUAGAACGUCUGAAAAGGUAAAGGAAGAGGAAAAUGAAUGGAACAAAUUUUUGUCAGAUAUUGAAAUAUUAGACUUAUCUGUAGAUAAACUUAAAUCUACCUUAGAUGAAUUAAUAAUGUCAGAAAAUCCCACACAGAAAAAGCUUGAUAAUCUGGAUGAGAUUGAAAAAGAUAAUGUAUAUAAUUUAGAUUUUACCAAGAAAAUGUUCCAAACUUAUCGUAACUUUAUGGAAAUAAACCCAAAAAGAGAAUGUCCAACAAAACUGUUUGCAAUAGAUGAAGGAACUAAACAAAUAGAAAACACAAUUAAUACUGAAAGAGAUCGGCUCUUACAAUUAACGUCAUUGGCUGAGGAAUAUGAACAGACUUUGCAGGACUUUGGUCAAAUUACUGAUGUAGCAGAGGCACUGCUUGAUGGAAAAAUUAUUGUUUCUAACUUAGAUCACCUCUAUGAAGAAAUCCAGAAACAUAGAAAGUUCUUUAUAAACUUAAGUCAUUGCAGAGCAAUUCUUGAAUCACUAGAGAACAACUUGGAUACUGAAACAAGAACUAAAUACUCAGCAUUGCACCAUUCUUUGCAUGAUAGAGCAACGUUAAUUAUUGAUAGAGCUGCUGGUCGCGCUCAACAAAUGACUUUAGCCGCUUCAAGGUGGAGUGUGCUAGAUCAAAGUAUGAAAGAAGAACAACAAUGGCUUAGAGUAGCUCAACAAAGAAUUCCUGAUCUUUCUAACGUAACAUCCAUUGACCACGAACAAUAUAUCAAUCUCUAUCAAUCUAUAAGCCUUGACGCAUCACAACAUUAUGCUAAAAUGCUUCGUUUACUGUCUAUUACGGAAGGACUUCAAGGUUUGAUUGUUUGUUCGGGGCUUGAAACGGAAUGUUCUGUUGCGCUUGAUACUUUACUUAAACUUCAAGAAGACAUUGAUUCCAGGUUAACACGCUUAACAGCGUUUAAAGAGAACUGGGUAACGUAUGACAAUCUUAUUGACAGGAUUGAAGGUUGGAUGAAACUAGCAAAUAAAGAGCUAGAACAUAUAACCCCUGAAAAUAUUACAACAACAAGUAACCUUCGUCGUUUUUGGGAAUUAAAAGCACAACAUGAAGUUCAUAAUAACUUGAAAAAUGAAUCUGGAGUUCAAUUUGAAAAGGCCUUAGAAAUACUACCGAUAUCAGAUGAAAUGGUGCAGCGGCAAUUCUUCUCCAAAAUUGAAGAUAAAUGGCGAGAUUUGUCAUCAAGAAUAUGUCACAUUCACACAUCGGCAAUCAAAAACAUAUCUGAUCGCGAUGUUCCCUCUAGUGAAAAGCUUAAUAUACUCGAAGAUGAGAUGAGAGAGUUGAGGGCUAUGUUGGACGCUCUAAAAGGCGUUAUCAAGAGUGACGAUGAAUUAAACCUGUACAUCGAACGUCUUCAAGUGAUGACAAGCCGAAUCGACAGAAUACAGAACGAACUCGGUAGGUUAAGCUUACUUCCCACCGCGGAAUCAGAGCGUUUAGGCGCACUUUUGACUCAGUCUGGAUUACUGGAUGAUCAAAUAGCUGAAGAGCUCGAAAGAAGUAUGCUCUUGAAAGAGAAAAUAGUGCAAGUGCAAGCCGGUAUUGCCCGUUGUCAAAAGAGCCAACGACGCGCCCAACUGACUUUGGAAGAGUGUGAAGCAGCCGAGCGCCUCGGAAGCGAUGUUGUAGAAAGAGCGUCACAAACGUGCGAGAAGCUGAUAGAAGAUCUAUCAACGCAAUGGCGAGACAUUCUAGCGCUAAGACAAGCAUUGCACACAUUGCCUACAGCACUUCGCGUCUGCGUAUCACCUAUAAGCAUUGAAAGGGAUAUUUCUGCCCUACAGGACACACACGCCGAAUUGGAAGCCGCUUGCAACGAGUUGAGCGUUCGUUUGCGCAGUAAAGUACAGCUAUGGAGACGAUUCGAACGUCAACUAGAACUGGUGCAGGGCGCCGUACGCGAGGCUGACUACAUGGUAGAACUGCUCACGGUACAGGGCCAAGUCGACUAUGAUCGUCUGCUAAAAGCUACUGAGAAACUUGAGACACUAAGUGAAUCACUGUCACGUCGGAGCGGUGAGCUGGUUGGUUCGCUGCGUGAAGCCGCGGCGCCACUAGAGUCAAGCUGUGAGUCCGGCAUCGCCGCCAAGCUCAGGAAAGAGCUGGACGAUGCGGCUGCGGCAUACGAGCAUACCUGUUCAAACCUAACGCAGCUCUGCGACAAGUAUCACAAGGCGGUGGAGCUGUGGCGACGAUACCGCGAGGCGGCGGCGUGCGUGCGCGCCUUCGCCGACCAGCACGAGGGCACGUUGCACGCGCUGCGGCCACACGACGCUCCGGCAGCCGCGCAGGCAUGUCUAGAACAAGAGGCAAGAGUAGCAGAACUCAGGUCCCUAGCCGCACGAGUCGCAGCAGAAACCGGCUCCAGAGCAUUACAGGCCGAUGCGGACGCACUAGCCAGGAGACUGCAGCUUGUCGCUGGCGCUGUUCAAGCGCUGGCAGAUCUUGGUGAAGCUAGACAGCUGGCAAGAUCUAAAGCACAACAUGCCAAGGAGAUGUUCUGUGAUAUGAGACAGGAUUUGACCCCAGUCCAAGAAGACGGAGAAAUAGUUGAAGACAAAUUAAUAGCUCUGCGAGAAAACCUUAUCGCACUCGGCAAAGGCGAGGCUGACAUCGCUCCCGCUAAGGCAGAGCUUCCGGACAUCGACCGGGACGUGUCAGACGAACAUUCCAUUGUGAGAAUAUUAGAACUAUGGCAGGCCAUGUUCAGAGAUACUUUCUUACACUACCAUCGUUUAUCAACGGCACUGGUAAGGUCCGGAGACGCAGCGACUGCUCUGCGAUUAUGGAACGAAUAUUUAUUAGACUUACAAUCAUUCCUAUCCGGUUCCGUACCGGCUGAUUACGAAAAUUUAACCGAACACCGCAGACUUUGCAGAGUACACAGAAAUCUUCUAGCAUCACAACGAUCAGUGUUGAUGAAUGAAAAUAAAGAUUCUAAAAAUCGUGAUCUAGCUGACAAAUUUGACACACUAACCAAUCUCCACAAUGAAACUUUGGCGAGAAUCGUCGAAAGACACGACGAGGUAUGUACUCGUAUCGCGGCUUGGGACGAGUACAUACAAAUAUACACCGAACUACUUCGAUGGCUCAAGGAAAUAGAAAGGGAAAAAGAAAAGUUACAGCUGAGAUAUGUACAUAUAAAAAGGAUACACAAAAUUCUAUCUAAUAUUCAGAAUCUUGCAGACAAAUUACCCGAAGGCAGAAAGUUUUCGGAAAAGCUAUUGGAAAAUCUAAAGAAAGUAAUGGAAUUCACAGAAGAAACCUAUGGUGCUUCUGUAAGAAUGGAAUAUGCGGGUAUCGUUAAGAGAGUUGACAAUUUACAAGCAAGUCUUGAUACUUGGCGUGACUUCCUAACUCGAAUACUUGGUCUUAUUGGAGAAUAUGAAACUUUAACGGAUGACUUAAACAAGUUAUAUUCUAAGACACAAGGUGAGAUUAUGUCUUACUCUGACGAUGACCGACUAUCUAGGCCUCAGCUUAAAAAAGCGAUAGACAAGUACGCUGAUUUAAGAACAAAAAUCGAUAAAACUGAAACAAAACUAGAGGCUCUGAGCGUUAUUCAGGAGCAAUUGAAAGAAUGUCUUAGUCCUCAAGAUAUAAGAAUAGUUAAUCAAAAGGUCUGGCAAUUACGUCAACAGCGCGCUGACCUGGAACACCAACUUUCCAUUAUUAUUCAUAGACUACAAGAACGAUUAGAAAUAUAUACAAUAUUUGACUCUAGGCUCUCUCGGUUUAGCGAAUGGAUAAGAACACUCGAAUCCCGUCUCGAAACGACCACAUCUAAUAGUGACUUAGGAGCAUUGGAUCCUCAAGACUUGGUCAGAAGGAUUAAUUCAGAUAUUCAGGCGGAAACUUCGCUGAAAGAACGGGAAUUUGAAUGGCUUGCAGAAACAGGAAGCGUUUUAACUGAUUUGGCUAAAAAAGAUGAAAAAGCAUACAGCAAAAAUACAUCAAAACAGUUAAAAGACAUUCAAGAACGCUGGCAUAAUUUGCAAGAAACGGGACGAAAUCGAAUAGCUAAGAUCAAUGAAUUACUCGAAACAAUUUCUCAAUUAGAAGAACGAUUGACGGAAAUCAGACUUAAAUUACACACCAUAGAAUCUAAUCUUUCAACGCCAGUCAUACUAGAACAUUUGACGACUAAAGCCGUUGAUACUAAAUUCCAGGAACAAGACGAAAUACACAAAAACAUUGAAAACGAGAGCGGAGAAGUUGGUAAAACGCUAAACCUUUGCGAACUCGUAUUUAAUGAUGCUGACGUGCUUAAAGGUAACUUUGAUUUGCGGAAUUUACAUACGGGAGUAGACAUUGUUGAAAAGAAAUGGAAAAACAUCUGCGAUAUGUCUGAGCAACGAAAGAAAGCAUUGAAGGAGGUUCGAAAAUCUGCUGAGCUGUCUAAUUCUCUGCUACCCAAAGUUGAAAAGAAGCUUGACGGAAUAGAAAAGAGAGUCGAAAAGAUCGAAACCCGCAAACAAAGAGGUGAAGCUGAAGAUGAGACUGUUUCGAAGGCUGUGAUUAAAGAUUUAGAUACCUUAGAAGGAGAUGUUAAGAAAUUAGAGGAUGCAUAUAGCCGUAUAGCGUCAGCGAGAGGAGUUGAAGUCCGAGGGCCUGGGGCUGAUGAUGCCGCAAGGCUCAGAACGGCGGUACGGCGAUGGCAACAACUACGUUGUAGAGUAGACGCGGCUGGUGCAGAUGCUCAUCGACAAUUCGUCGCAGCUCAUGGAAAGGCGGUAGUGGCGUUAGCAGAGGCAGAUGUUAGGUUAACGAGAGCAUUGCAUCUCGCUCCGAUUCCAUCAGAUAAAGCUGCCACCCUCAAAGAAUUAGAUGGUGUGGAGUUGGAACUACGUGAGUGUGAAGCGUUAGUAGAUGAAGCAGAUAGAUUGUCAGUAUCAGUAGCUAGCGUGUCCGGCGUAUCGGAUAUGGUGAGCGAGUAUCGCGCACUGUUUGCUGACGUCAGGACCCGGCUGGACCUCGCGAGGGCUGAAGUGGUCGGUGACGUGGACACUGCUGUACAGGUCGACACAUUAAAAUGGGAGACUGACGCAGCGUUACAAGUAGACACAUUAACAUCCAAAGAGACAUAUCGUGUCGAACUGGCGUCUGCAGUUAAAGAAACAUCAGAAUCUCUAGAAGCGCUCCGAACAGCACUACUCCAAGAACUAAAAGAAAACACUGGCAGCGAAGAAUUAGCUACAGCAGCUAAAGAAAUAGCUAAAGCUGGAGCUAAGCCCGAACAAACACUAGAACUGGCUAAGCAUCUAUCAGAACUGUUACUAACAGAAUGCGACGCCACCGAGGAAGAAGCGAUGUUGAAGGAGGUGGAAUCUCUCUCAUUAAGAUACGAAGAUCUCUUGACUCAGGCCAAGAAACGCGAACUACAGAUCAACAAUCUGAGGUUGCCCCACUCCGCGUCGUACGCUCUCACGUGCGAACAUGAGUCCGGUCGCGUCACGUGUCCCCUGUGCUCCGAUCGAAACUGGAAGCAGCUCGACAACGACCUGUGGCGGCUGGAGCAGUGGCUGCAGUUCGCGGAGGCCACGGACGAGGCGCGUUCCGAGCCGCCCGAGCAGUACGACGCGCUCGAGGACGCGAUACAGGAUCACCGCGAGUUCCUGCUGGACCUGGACUCUCACAAAGCGCUAGUGGUGUCGCUGAACGUGGUGGGCGCGCACGUGACCCGCCACGCGCGCCGCGCGUCCGACGCAACGCGCGCGCGCGAGCGCCUCGCCGCCGCCAACCGGCGCUGGGACGACGCCUGCGCGCGCGCCGCCACCUGGCAGGCCACGCUGCAGCACGCGCUGCUGCACAACGCACAGUUCCACGACAUCGUGGUGGAGCUGGUGGAGCAGCUCGCGGCAGCGGAGCGCACGGUGCGCGCGCGCGAGCCGCUGCGCCUGGCGCGGCCGCCGCAGGAGCUGCGCGACGACUUCCGGCGCUUCAGCGAGCUGCGCGACGAGCUGAGCCGCGCCGAGCCGCGUGUGCUGGCGCUGCGGGACGCGGCGCAGCUGCUGCGAGCCGACGCCCAGCACGUGUGCCGCAGACUGGGCGAGCUCCGACUACGCUUGCAAUCCCUCCGCAAGCUGUCCGGCGUCUAUGCGCUGAAGCUGGGCGCAGCGCUGGCUCGCUCUCCGCAGCACAGCUCCGCACUCGCCGCCGCCGCCGCCAGCGCCACCGCCGCCACCACACAGCUGUUGGAGGAGGACGAGCAGCAGCUGCCGGCGAUGACGCUGCCGCCGCUCGACGAUGCAGACGCGCUGAGCGAGGAGCGUGAGCGGCGCGAGCUGAGCGGCGUGCGGCGCGGGCUGCGCUUCGUGUGCCGCGUGGCGCGCGCGUCGCUGCCGUUCCAGGCGCUGCUGCUGCUGCUGCUGGGCGCGGCGGCGCUGGCCCCGCUGGCGCCGCCCGACUGCCGGCCGGCGCCGUCGCUGACGCCGGUGCUGCGCUACCCGCACGGGCCGCCGCCGCUCUAGACACAUUCCGCCUGUAAAUACGACGAGAUUUUUGUAUAUUUGUAACGUUGGGUGACCCGUGGCGCGGCGGUAUCGACCAUUAUAUUAUAAUCGUUAUUUAUGUAACCCGUAUUUAAAGAUGGCGCCGCACAAAUGUAACGUGACGGCUUUCUGUACGCACUCACGCAUUGUUACUUAACCACUAGGGUAAGGGCUCCGAUGACGUCAAUAAAGCCUUACGUCGAUCGAA